CUCUCAUAUGGAAAUUACUUUGAAACGAACUUCAGUAUCGAACCGGCUUUCUUCAUAGACGGACUUGAAUUCGGAAUAAAUUGCUUAAAAAAAGCGUUCAACCUACUUUUAAUUAAUGCGGAGUGAAGUAAAAAAAAAGUUAUAAUCUAGUGAUGAUAGAUAUUCACUUGAAUAAUGUGAAUCCAAAAGAUUUACAAAAUUUGUUUUGUUUAUUUUUUAAAAUUGAAUUAAAGUAAAACCAUCCUAUAGCCACAGCCUUAAAAAGAAAAUUAACUACUUAAUUAACCUUUUGAAGAGAAAAUAGUUGAAUAUAUGUAUGUGUUUGUGAGACGUUAAUAUCCCGAAAAGGUGGUAAAGAGAGGCAAGAAAAAGCCUGUAUAUUUGUGUUUUUGGCUUAAAGGCCAUUUAAAUUUGUAUUGAGCUGUGAAUUAAACCAUUAUAAUCUUAGAGCCUUAAAAUUAAAAGAAGUGAAAAGGUUAAUCUGUUAAGCAUAUUUAUGAACAAUACCACUGAAUUGGCUUUCUUGAAAAUUGGAACAAAUAUAAAUUAAAAAAAAAAUAUAAUACAAAAGCUAAAUGAUAAAUCAAUGAAAUGGAUAGAAAACAGGAUCUUACUCCUUCGCCAAAGUUGGCGAAGAGCGAUGAUGAGGGAGGAGGGAGAGCAAGGGGACAAGGUUUAGAUAGUAUAGAGCAUUCAAAAAGUGUGUUCGAAAUUCAGGUUAGAGAAUAUGAAACAUUUAAGGAAAAGCUGCCAUCAACAACCACACCAAUAACUUUCGAGAGCAGUACAGAAAUUCAAAGGAGUAGUACUCCAACACUUACACCCACUCAUCAGCAACGCUUGAGACAAAAAAUUGCUCUUUAUGAAAAAGUAUGGUCAUCAGGUAGUAGUACCAUGAAACGUCAUUCAGAUGACUCCUCGGAAAGUUUUUCCAUGGAAGGUGAGUUGGGGGAUGAAAGUGUAUUUGAUAUAGAUGUGCCUGCUUAUGAAAAACGACUCAAAGAGGAACGCGAUGGAAGAAAUGCAGAAAGUCCUACAAUACCUUUCGUAAAACUUCGAUCAACUCCACAACCCUUGCCCAGAAGUUCUAUUCCAAGUGAAAAGACCCCAAAAAGUCCAUUUAAUGUUACUUUACGCCAUACAACCCGAGACAUUCCUGAAGAUGGUUGUGGUACAUCCUUCAGGCGAGGUGGUUCUCCUGAACAAUAUUUUGCAUUUGAAAAGAAAACGUUGCGAACAACUCGUGAGACCACUUCGUCCGAUGGCAUUAAAACUAUUGUAACAACAACAACAGUAGGAAACCCUGAUGCACCCACCCACACUCAUCACAUUCAAGACAGGAUUAUUCGUCAGCAACAAUAUCCUAGUGGUAGUAGUGACCGUGACCGAGCUUCAUCUGAGGAGCAUGAGACUCGUAUUCGAGCGUCGAGUCGCUGUAGCUCCACGCCACCCCGCACAAUUGAUUUGACCGCUGGAGGACAGCAAAUUUUAAUUAAAUUUGAUGGAGGUUCUAGCACUGACGAGACUGAUGACAUCAACCGGCUAACAGGCGAAGGUAAAGUUCAAAAUAAUGUUAUGGAAACCUCUGAAAGUAUUAUCACUGUUGGCAACCGUUCGGCUGGCUACCCUGGACAACUACAAAAACAACCUUCUUCAUGGAAAAGAAAAACAAAAACGACGACAAGGAUUUUUUCCAGUUCGACCUCUUCCACGCCUUUUAUCGAAGCAAAAACCAGUUUACGCGAGGGCGGCGAUUUAGACGGUGGUGAUGUCAACCGAACUAUUGGUGCUACUUCAACUGGCGGUGGUGGCAUAUCAAUUACUUCAUCUGCAAUACAUAUUAGUGGUGAUAAUAGUAACUCCGCUGGAAGCAAUUACUUUGAACCAACAGCUUCCUUUGCAACUUCCUUAGAACCACCAAUCGAAACGAAAAUUAGUGAUUCCAGCGUGACAAGGAGUGCAAUCGAAGAUAGACAACAUAUCGCAUUUAGUAGCAGUACAACUGCUAGUAGCAGUUGCAAUACCGAAUACAAGGAAUUUCAGUCUACAAUGGCAGCGAUUCAUUUUGCUCGUAGUAACUCGCAAUACGAUAGCCAUAUCAAGGAAAAGAGAGAGGAACAAGAACGUGUGCAGAAGAAAACGUUCACUAACUGGAUUAAUUCAUACCUCUCAAAGCGUAUUCCGCCGCUUCGAGUAGAUGACUUAAUCAACGAUUUACGCGAUGGCACCAAACUCAUUGCGUUAUUGGAAGUUUUAUCUGGGGAACGAUUACCCGUGGAGAAAGGACGAGUCUUACGACGACCACAUUUCCUCAGCAAUGCAAAUACUGCCUUACAGUUCUUAGCUAGCAAAAGAAUUAAAUUGGUCAACAUUAACCCAGCAGAUCUAGUGGAUGGGAGACCGCCAGUUGUGUUGGGAUUAAUUUGGACAAUAAUAUUGUACUUCCAGAUUGAAGAAAAUAGUCGUGCUUUAGAAUACCUAGGCCAAGGAAUAAGUGGAUCCGUAAGUUCGUUAGAUAGCGUUGGUAAAACUGUUACUGAUUCAAAGGCUGAGAAAUGGAAGCAAGGUGCAAGAAAGACCCUUCUUAACUGGGUAACCAAUGCUUUGCCAAAAGACAUUGGCGUAGAGGUGCGUGAUUUUGGCGCUAGUUGGAGAGAUGGUGUCGCAUUCCUUGCACUUAUCGAUGCAAUCAAAGCCAACUUGAUAAACUUAGCUGAACUUAAAAAAGCUACCAAUCGUCAACGAUUAGAAACUGCUUUCGAUGUAGCAGAAACAAAACUCGGUAUUGCAAAACUUUUAGAUGCUGAGGAUGUGGAUGUUCCAAAACCUGAUGAAAAGAGUAUUAUGACCUAUGUGGCCCAAUUCUUACACAAGUAUCCCGAACCAAAGGGUGCUGGACAAAGUACUUCUGACAUUCAACUUGAGGCCGAUAAAUUAAGACAUUGGUUACAACAGAAAACCCAAGAAUAUGAACCAAUGGUUAUGCAAAACUCUUUUUCGAGGGACUUUGGCGAAUAUCUUAUUGCCAGAUCUGAAAUUGAUGCUCAUUAUGCGAUUUAUCAUAGAAUUCAAAAUCUUGUAGAAACUCAAAGUGGGUUUUUGCAGGUUUCGAAGCAAUCCUGGGAAGAAAUCCAUAACUUGUGGCAAUUAGUUCAAUAUCAAAUAAUGUAUUGGCUGUGGCUUUUGGAUUCCGAACUUCCCGGAGACUUAGGUACGGUUGGCAAGUGGCUAGCUGAGGCCGAAAAACUUUUACUAGACAAUGAAAUUCCGAGUACUAUGAAUGAAGAGACUGCAUCAGUGAUAAGUAGAAAGCUGGAAGAGCAUAAAUUAUUUUUUGCACAACUACCCAAAAUUGAGGCCUUAUUCGAAAACGCAAAACGAUCUCCAUAUGCUCAGAACGUGCCUUUGGAGCAACUUAGAAAUAUAGAAGUUCGAUUACAAGAAAUCGGACCAAAAGCAGUCGAGAGAAGGAUUAAACUUAAGUUCCUAGAACACAAAUGUUGCCUUAUAGCUUUCCUUAACUUAGUCGAAAAUAAAAUGAAAGGAUGGACGGGAAAAUAUGGAGUAGAAGAGAAAGUCCAACAACAGUUGGAACAGUAUAAAAACUUUGUUUCGCGCAAUAAAAUUUUCCAAGAAUUUCAAAAGGCUUUUGUUGAUAUGCAGCAAGUUGUUGACGAAUAUAAACGCGACGGUAAUGUUUCGCGCAAAGAAACUGCAAACAUUGAUCAGUUUAUGUUCGAGACCGAAGAACGUUGGAAGCGUGUUUCAAUGGAGCUCAAAUGCUGCCAGAAUUCUCUAGAAGAAGUUGUGACAUGCUGGAAGACUUGGAACUCAUUGAGUCCGGUCUGUGAAGACUGGCUCAAUCAAGCUGAAAGAAAAGUCAACGAGUCCGAAGACGAUCGUUUGGAGUUCUUCCAAGAUAUUGGUAUGUGGAAAGACAAAUUCCAAACACUAUCAAGUUCUGCUACAUAUCUCAUCGCGUCUUGCCAGGAUCACAUUGCUGGUGAUCUGAGAAACAAACACGGCAUGUUGUCAGAAAGAUUUGAAAGACUUUUUGCCAAUACCAAACAGUAUAUGCACGCUGGUGAUAUUAUACGUUCCAGGCAGGAGUAUAAAUCUGGUAUUGAGAAGCUGAGUACUUGGCUCCUCAAUGCUGAAAGAAAACUUCAUCAAAAACAUUCCCUUGGAAAUACUGAAGAAAUCAAAAACUACGCCGAGGAGCUGCAGCGCUUAGCUGGUGAAAUUGAUGAAAAUGAAGAACUUUUCAAGACAAUAAGCCGUAGUUUUCAAGGUCUGAUUCAAGAUUUGUCUCGAGAAGAAGUGGAUAAAACUAUGAAAAUUCUGAAACAAGAAAAGGAGAGCUUGGUAAGAGUACGUGCAAAAAUCCCAAGCAAACUUCAUCUUAUCCAUCAAUUGAUUAUCCAACAAGAAUCCUUGGAAGCUGGACAAAAGGAGAUAAAUCAAUGGUUGAACGAAGCUGAAAAUAUACUCAGCAAGAACACUCUAAGUGGUGGAAGGGAAAGUGUCUACGAGGAACUUAACAAAAUCAAAACAUUCUUCUCUAGAACUGUUUACUACCGAUCAAUGUUGGAAAGCAAAAACAAAGUCUUUCAAAAUUUAUUAAAGUCUGUAGCCGAAGACGAGGCAAUAGACACAAAUGCAGCCAGGCAAUCUAUGCAACAUUUGAAUGACAGAUUCAAUUAUGUCAUUCAAAACGCUCAGCAAUUGGAACAAAAAUUGAAUGACACGGCAAUCAGCUGGAAUAACUUUAAGGACAACGAGCAAAUUGUCAGCGAAUGGAUUUCGCAAGCUGAAGCUGCCUUAUCUGAAAAACUUAUUGAAUCAAAGAGUGUGAUUGAAAAUCAAAAGCAUUUCUUUGAAAAUGUUAACGAAUCUUGGAUGAAGAACCUAGUCAGUUCUGCUCAUGAGUUGUCUAGAUGUCUUCCUGAAAGUGAGCAAAUUCCAAUAUUAGAAGCUGUGGAAAAACUUCAGGCCAGAUGGCAAAAUGUGCUGUCUCAAGCUCCUUUGCAUUUGCUUAAGUUAGAGUUCCGUCUUGAUGAAAAUGUUUUCCACCAAUAUAUGAAGGAAAUUGAAAAAGAAAUUCAUUUGGAGGAGCAAGCCCUGAACCGAAACGAAGACAUUGAAUCCAUUUUGAACCGCAAUAAAAACUUUUUCAGCACUCAGGGAGCAUUACCCCGUAUUGAGAAUUGUCUCGAUACUAUGAAGCGUUUAAGUCAGGCCUAUACCUCUCAAAUGCCUAGCGAUGGAAGUCUAAGGUCAAGCUACCUUACAGCUGAACAACAAUGGCAGGAUGUUAACAAUAGGAUUGAAGACCUCGUACAAACUUUGCAGCAAAUUCCCGCCCAGUGGGAGAAUUAUCAUCGUAAGUUCAACGAAAUGGUCACUUGGAUGAAUUCUGUAGACAAAAGCUUGAAGAAUAUUGUCAAUGAAGUCAAUAGUAUGGAAGAAUUUGAAAAGGAAAAAGUGGUUUUCCAGAAAAUUUGCCAGGAAGCAGACAUGAAACGUGAAGAUAUGAAAUGGCUUGUCAAGACUUUGGAUUCCUUACUUGGUUAUGCUACAGAAAAUGAAGCAAAUAUUGAGCAAAAGCAGUUGGAAGAUCUAAUUGCUCGUUAUAAGAAUUUAAUUCCUACCAUUGAAGUGACCAUGGUGAAGACUGAAGUGUUUUCGAAAUGCUUCACUUAUCGCCGAGAAGUCCAUGAAGUUGUGUGCCUUUUGUCUAAAGUUAAAGAACAAACAGCAAAUGCUUCUGCUCCAGAUAGCCUUGAAAAAGUCAACAAAAUGAUUCAAGAGCAACAAUACGCUAUCAACCAGUUGGAUCAUCAACGACCACACAUCAUGUCGAUGUUGCAACGUGGUCGGGAUCUAAGCAAAGAUGUGCAUGCGCCAUCCUUUGUCGAUACUGAAGUUAAAAACCUUGAAACUGGUUGGAACGAAGCUUAUACAGAGACCGUUGAUAAAUUACAAACACUUAAGGGCACUCAAAGUGUCUGGAGUGAGUUUGUUGAUCAAAAGAAUGAUAUUUUCUCAUUACUUCAAACUGCAGAAACUGAGCUUAGAGCUCUAACACCAUUGCAAACCGAUCCGAAAAAUGUAAGCCAAGACUUAAAGGCGAAACGAGAGUUAAAUGUUGCUCUGCAGCAGGCCUCUCAUCAACUAAUACCCAAGUUGCAUGCUCUAAGAGGACAACUUGCUCCAUUAGCAGCCACUGAAAAGCGUCCUAUCCUUGAAAAGGAAGUUGCUGAGGUUGAAAAAAUGUUCUUUAAUACUAUGGAGCACGUUAAAGACCGUGUGGGAUAUCUUGAAGAUUAUAGCGCCAAGUGGAAUAACUACAAAUCUCGCCUUGCUGAACUUCAAGAGUGGGCAAACAAAGUGGCUCCAAAGAAUAUUGAAGCAUUGCAAUCCGAAGACUUGACUCCAGAAGAACGCGUUGCUAAGGCCAACUCACUUAAGAGUAUUCUAAGCGAUAAAAUGAAACAACUUGAUAUUUUGGCUGCCGAUGCAUCGGAACUCGCUCCAAAGGAGGGUAACGUUGCAGAAGCUAAACGACUAAAGGCCGAAAUAGUUAAACUUCAAGAGGUCUUUAGCGCCAUUAAUCGCAACGUAAGUCAUCAAGCUCAAGCUGUCCAAGAAGAUCUCCUAAAUUGGCAGCGUUAUCAAGCCGGAAUUCAAGAAAUCAAACCAUUAAUUGAGGAUUCCGAAAUCAAGGUAAAUACAUUAGUCCCCAAGCCCCUUACCUUACAAGAAGCGCUUCAAUUACAACAGAACGCUAGUCAGUUUGAAGCACAAUGCCAAGAGCAACUGGACAGACUCCAAGGCAUAUCAAACAUAAGUCAUCAAAUGUUAUGCAAAACAAAUGCCCCUGAUGAAUUAGAUGCCAUGCACUCCCGUUGGACCGCUAUUCAUGAGAAUGCCAAGCAAACUAACAAUAAGUUACAAAAACUAGUUUCCACUUGGCAAUCUUUUGAUGCGGAGGCUGCGAAAUUAGAAUCGUGGGUAGAUGAUGGAGAGAAAAUGAUCGCCAAGAGAACAUCGCUUUUAAAUUCUCCUCAUGUAGACAAACUUGAAAAAGAGUUGGUGAAAUUGAAAUCGUUUAACAACGAAAUCUCCGAGCAACAAGCUAGGCUUGUGGCCUUAGGCCAAUCGAGUGAUCAAAUUGGUCUUCAUUUAGCUCCUGAAGGCGCAGCUGCGAUUAAAGAUCGAGUAACUACCAUGAAAGCAAAACUAAUGAAGCUUUCCGAAGUAACGAGAGCUAAAAUCAACGAAGUGUCUGACGCAAUUAUAGCCCGACAAGACUUCAACGCGAAAAUGGCAAACUUCUCUUCUUGGAUGGAUCAUCUUCGAACUCAAAUAGCUCAAGUUGAAGAGAUUCAUCCAGAAGCCGUUGAGACAAGCCUUCAAGUAAUUCAUGCCCUAAUGCAAGAACAUGCCGACAAGAAACCAAGUUUCAAUUCAAUAUAUGAUGAAGUUAAACAGCUUUCGUUAAGCUCUUUACCCGAAGAUGCAAAUACUUUGAAUGAUUCCUACACUGAUUUGGUUGUUAACUUCCAAAACUUGGAGACCAACAUGCAGGAAAAGAAAAAUCUUCUCGAAAAGUGGACCGAAAUUUUAGGUUGGAAGAAUGAAACUGAGAACCAUCUCAAUUAUUUGAAACAUCAACUAGAAAAGUCUGAUAUUCCUGGUUCCGAAGAGUUGACGAAAAUCGUCAAUGAACUCGACGGAAUCGCUAAGCCUUUCACGUACUGGAAAAAUCAAGCAAAAGAAAUUGACGAGAAUCCUGUUGUUCAACUAAAGGAGCCCGUAACUCGACGUCCAGUAUUAGCCACAAAGUUGGUGAACGAUCUAGAAAAUAAAUUAGAUAACUUGAAAAUUCGAUCACAGAACCAAAAACUACAACAAGAACAACUCGUCGUUAGAAAGACCAAAUUCGAACAGCUUGAGAAUUCUUUUGGUCAAAAUCUCCAAGCUCAUCGUGGUAAACUUGCAAGCAUUUUGAAAAUACAUCCAAACUUGGAGAACAUUGACCAGAUUAUAGCAGAUUUGGUUGCUCUAAAUGCAGCUUUGAAACCACAGGAAUCUUUGAAACACAAAAUUCAUGAUGAAGGUUCUAUGCUUAUGAAAGAAGACAUUGCAAGCAUGCCAGCUAUCCAGGAAGUACUUCUGGUUAUGGACAAGAACUAUGAUAUUCUUCAAAAUGAUAUUCAAGACCGAAUUCAAAAAUAUACUCUAUUGAGUCAAGGUUUGAAAGAAUACGCUGAUGUUAAGGAUAAAUUCGAAAAAGAAUUGAAAAAAGCAAAUGAUUUCCAUCACUCUAUUUCAACACAGCCUCAUGAUGAAGUUGAGUUGCAACAAGCCGCAGAUAAAACUCGAAAAUCCCUUGAACUGAUAAGAAAGUGUAAAAAUAAUUUGGACGAGCUAGAACGAAAGGGAAAUAACGUUGCUAAAUUCUUUGCCAGCAUUGGUGAAGAAGUCCCGAAAGAAAUCGCUUCUGACUUUGCCAAAGCAAAACAACAAUGGCAAGAUUUGCACGACAAGGCAUCAAAGAAUGCUCACCAGUACGAAACUGAAACAGUAAUCUUGAGUCAGAUUGAAGAUGCCAAAAAGGACAUCCUUCCUUGGUUAUUAGAAACAAACCAAGGUCUCUGUGAUGCAGCUGAUAACACAAUUGAGAUUGAAUUCGCACCGAUGAGAUUAAAUAAAUACAGAGCCGACUUGCCAUCAUAUCUUAUUCUUAAAAAUGAUAUUGCAGACAAAUCUCAAGAGCUUCUUAAGGUCAAUGACGGUGUACCCAUUCCAGCUCUUGAAGCCUUAAACAUACUUCUAUCAGAUCAGUUUGCUGAAGUUGAAGCAAACGCAAAUCGUUUAGAAUCCAUAACAACCUCGUUCAACGAAAAAGAGCAAGACAUUAGAAGGAAUAUUAAAAUGGCUGGAGAGGAUUUGAGCAAACUUCGCGAAGCUCUAGUUAGGUGCGAUGAUAUGUCAGGUGACAAUUCAAAAAUCAUGGAACGCCUGCAGCUUUGCAAAUCCCUCCGAGAGCAAUUGGAUAACAAUGGCAACAUAAUCGAUAACCUGAAAGAGCGUGUUGAUGAGUUACGUUUGUUGUAUCCAACUUUCAGUGAAUCAAUCAUCCCCAAAGAGUUGAACAAUGUUCAGAAAAGAUUCGAAAGUGUUGACCUAUAUGGCAAGAAAAUCGAAAAAUCUCUGCUACAAUUCCUAAAGAAAAUCCAUGCUGAUAAAGUUGGAAUGCUAAAACGUAUGAUAAAUACACAACAAGAGAAAGUAGCAUGGUGCCAACCAGAGUCUUCAAGUGACAAGUAUAAUCUUGAUGUAAAAAAAUCUUCGCUUCAAGAAGUCAAUAAGGCAAUUGCAGAAUGCCAGCAACGUCAUGGUGAAAUAUUGAAUUCACUUCAGUUCUUGAGCCUUGUUGAUAGUCCCGAGAACAUAGCGGAAUUAAAUAGAGAAGCUAAUGCGUUGAGUGAUGAAAUGAAGGCUCUUCAAAACAGCUUUGAUAAAAUUAAGCAUGUCCUCAAUGAAAACUUUGACUUGUGGAGUCAAUAUGAAGAAGCAAACGAACAAAUUUCUUCGUGGUUGAGAGAGGUCGAAGGUCGUGCAAAGACUGAAACUAGUAAUCAAAUUAGUUUGCCUGAUAUUCAAGGUAAACUUAAGGAUCUCAACAACUUCCAAGCUGACGUCCAAAACCAUUCACCAAUUAUGUCAAAUCUGGAGAAAAUCUCGCAGCAGUUAGUAGAGAAAAAUCCUGAAGCCCGAAUUGGUCAAUUUGUUAACCAUUUGGUACAAAGAUAUCAGACUGUUUCAAAGAGUCUAGCAAGUUAUAUUGAUCGCGUUAAAAAUGCCAAGCAAAACAAUGAAAACUUUGUUAAAGCCAAAAAUGACUUCCAUGAUUGGUUUGAAGAUGCAAAAAUUGAAUUCCAAGAGCUUGCUCGUAUGGGAUCUCCAGGAUCGUCUUCAGCUACAGCUCAACAACUGCAAACUAUCAAAAACUACUUGAGAACUUUUGACAAUGGCCAAAUGUUACUUAACAAUGCCGUAGAUGUUGGAGAAGUACUUUAUCCAUUGGUAACACCACAAAACAGAGAAGCUAUUCGUGCUGAUUUAAGAAAAUGUCGUGAGAACUACGAUUACUUGCGCGAUGAGGCAAAUGCGUUGAUGCAACAAGUGGAAGCUGUUUUGAUUCAAAAAACUUCAAUUGAAGAAAGUUGCACUCAGGUUUCAAGUUGGCUUAGUGAAUCUAAAGCCAAGGUCUCAGACUCUGGGGAACUGUAUCCGACCCUUGUCGCUAAAAAAGCUGCUCUACAAAACUAUAAAGUUCUUUUGCAGGAAAUAACCCUGCAUAAGAAUGCUCUCAAGCAGCUACAUGACAAAGCGGUUAACUUGUGUGAUGACGAAUCAGAACGUAAAACUGAAGAAUCAAUCCGAGAAUAUGAUGAUAUGUCAAAGAAAAUUACCGAACGUAUAAAUGUUGUCAGCGAUCAAGUUAUGAAACAUGAAGCUUACGAUCAGGUUCUUGAGAAAGCUCAAGAUUGGCUUAACACAAUUAAGUCUGAGGCAAUUGAUAUUCUCAACGAAACAACUUUCGAGAAAGAAGGAGCUGAAGAGAAACUUAUUGUUGUGGAAAACCUUAUUCAACAAAAACCAGAAGGUGACUCAAUUUUCGAAACGUGUCACAAGCUUCUCCAGACCGUUCUUACUCAGACACAUCCAAGUGGACAUCCACUGUUGUUGAAGAGUUUCGAAGAGCCCAAAAAAGCUUGGCAAGAAUUUAUGUUACUCUGUGAGGAUUCGUUAGUAAAACUGAAACAACUCUGCAGUAAAUGGGAUGAAUUUGAAGGCUUGAUUGAUGGCAUUGACUCUUGGAUGAAAAAUGUUGAAAACAUUGUUAAGAAUCAAAGUCUCAAGAGCACUGCCGAAGCCAAGAAGGCAUAUUUAGAACAACUUAAAGAAAUUGGACGUGACAUCGCCGACCGUGCUCCAGGUAUUAACGACCUGAUGGACCAAGGGCGUGAAAUUGAAGGUGAAACUGACUUGAAUCUCAAACUUUCUCGUUUGAAUACACGCUAUCAAACUUUGAAGAAUCUGUGCAAAGAAAGUACAACAAAGUAUACAAACUAUGUGAAAGAUCACGAAACAUUCAACGACGAUUAUGAAAGCUUCAAGAAUAAACUCCAAAACUGUGUAGACGAACUUGCUAAGAACAAUGAAGUUGUUGGUGACUUUAACAUUUUGCAAGAAAGGCAAAAUAAGAUUCGUGAAAUGUCUGAUAAUCGAAUUAAUGAUUCAACACCUUUCGAAGCCCUUAUUGACUGUGGUGAGAAGCUUUAUAGCCAUACAAGUCCCGAUGGCAGAGAAAUAAUUCGCCAACAGCUUCGAUCACUGCGUACCAUGUGGGAUAACUACACUGAUGAUCUUAAUUCUUCAGCACAAAAAAUUGACCAUUGUCUUCUGCAAUUCAAUGAAUUCACAAUUGCCCAAGAACAACUCACAAAAUGGCUCAAGGAUGUUGAUAAGGCCAUGCAGAGUCACACUGAAUUGAAAACCACUUUACAAGAAAAACGAGCUCAGCUGCAGAACCACAAACUCCUCCAUCAAGAAAUAACAACCCAUAACGUUUUGGUUGACAAUGUUUGCGAUAAAGCUCAAAUGUUGGUUGAUCAAAUAAAGGAUAAUUCUCUAAAUGUCUAUUUGCAGUCUAUUAAGCAAAUCUUUAGCAACAUCGUUAAUAAAUCAGAAGAUAUAUUAACCAAUUUGGAAUUGUGUGCAGAAUCCCAUGCUGAUCUCAAUAACCUAAUAUCAGCUGGAAAGACAUGGAUUUCCAACGAAAAAGAAAAACUGUUAGACUGUGAUGAUUCCUAUGGUGAAAAAGCUGAUAUUAAACGAAAAAUUGAUAUUUUGGCUCGUCUAACUGAUUCCAAACCACAGGGAGAGCAAAUAAUCAAAGACAUUCGUAGUCAUUUGGAAAAGGUCAAGCCCACUACCUCCACAAAGGGAAAUGAAACCUUGGAAAAAGAAAUUGACGAACUAGAAACAACAAUUAAAAGUCAUUUCCAAGACAUCGAAGGUAUUGCAGGCAAGCAGCGCGAUGUGCUGGCCCAAUGGAAUAACUUUGAAAAGAACUUAGAAGAACUGACCAAGUGGUGUCGGGCUGCUGAGAGUGUCUUCCGUGACCAGCAAUUGCAAUCGACAUUUGAAGAGAAGAAUCAUCAGCUCGAAAAAUAUAAAACUCAGCGUGAUCUUAUCAUGCAAAAAGAAAAAGAGAUUGACACCUUUGCUGAUGCUGCUCAUUCAUUGCUCAAUAAUUGCGGCACUGAUCGCCUCAAGAAUCUUACUUCUCAAAUAACAAACCGAUAUCAUUUACUGCAGGUUCUAAGUAAGGAAGUUGUCAAUCGCUGGCAAAAUCUGGUGGAUGACCAUCAGAUCUAUAGUGAUAAGUUGAAUGAAAUCAAUCUUUGGUUGCAACCGAUUGAGAAACAGCUAGAAAAGGCUCUUAAAGAUGAGCCAUCACAGUCAGCAAACAUUUUGCAAGUUUUACUUUCUGAAAGAGAGCAAGCUGAUAAUCUCCUAUCAUCUCUAAACAUCGCUGGAGAAAAAGCUCUUCCCGAAACAUCAACUCAAGGCAGAGAAAAAAUUCGUCAGCAACUACGAGACAUACGUGAUCGCUGGGAUAAACUUGAUGAAGGUAUCAGAAAUCUUCAAAAAUUGCAGGAAGCCCAGACUGUUCAACUUUCAAGCUAUCAAGAUAUCUACAAUCAAAUUUUGAAUUGGUUGGACUCAGUUGAAAAGACAUUGAAGAAUGAAAAUCCUAAUACUUGGACAUCUGGACAAGAAAUUCGUUCCAAAAUCUUCAAAUACAAAUCAACAACUCAAGAUAUCAAUUCACAUAAGCGAAUCAUUGAAGGUGUCAAUGAAAAGGCAACAAUUCUGCUAGAAGCAUCAGUUCCGGUCAAUGCAAAUGAAAUCAAAGCCGAAAUCGAUGAUAUCAAUAGUCGAUAUGAUAAGGUGGUUCAAGGUUGUGCAACGCUAUUGAGUGAGCUCGAAAAGGCCUUUGAUGUCUACCAACAAUUCAGCGAUUUACAAAAAUCUCAACAGGACUAUCAGAAAAAUCUGUGGGAUCGACUAACCGGCUACUCUGACUAUUCUGGUAAUAAGGUAGCACUCCAAGCUCGUCUUAAUAAAGUAAUCGAAAUCCAAGAUGCUCUACCCGAAGGAGUCGUCAAGCUUCAAGCACUUUCUAAUCACAUUGAAAAUCAAACAAAAACGCUUCCUGCUCGUUCGAAAGAAGCAAUGGCACGUGAUUUGGCGAACUUAAAUGCAGACUUUGAAAAAUUCAGCAGCUCAUUGAGUGAUGUAAAGAGUAGCUUAGAAAAUCGUCUUCAGCAAUGGAACGAUUACGAAACAAACCUUGACCGUUUGAUAAACUGGUUGGGUGAAGCCGAAAACAGCCUUAAGAAUUACAAUCCCAAGUCUUCACUCGAAGAAAAAAUGGAACAACUUAACCGAUUCCAGACGUUAAUACAAAGUCUUCGAAGAAACGAAGUUGAAUUUGAAAAAAUGAAGGAUGAUUCAUCUGAGCUUAUUCAAAGUAGUGGUGAAACUAGGAUUUCGGUGAAUGUUCAACAAGUGACAUCUCGAUUCCAAUCGAUUCAAGCAACAGCAAAGGAAAUUUUGAAAAAGUGUGAGCAAUCUGUUACCGACCAUCAGUCGUUCAAUGACAAAUAUAAGAGCUGUUCCGAUUGGAUUGCUAAUGCUCAGGCCAAAUACGAUGGUUGUAGUGAUCUUUCUCAAGUAGGUUCUAAGGAGGAUCUGCUUAAAAAGCAGAGUGCUAUUCAGGAACUAUCAGCCCAGCAAUCAAGUGUUACAUUAUUGCUGAACAGUACUAUGGAAGCAGGAGAGAAGUGUUAUCCAUCGACCGCGUCCGAAGGUAGAGAAGCAAUUCGCUCCCAAUUGGAUGAAUUGCAGCAGGCUUUUGAUCAAUUGUUUGACAACAUAAGUCAAACUGUAAGGCACAUUCAAGAUAAAAUGUCAAAGUGGAGUGGAUUUGAUGAAAUUGCUGAAAAACUGCAAAACUGGUUAAACGAUGUUGAAAAUCAAUUAUCUACUGAAAUUGAACUCAAAACCACUCUUGAUGAAAAGCGAGCUAAAUUACAAUGCUACAGAGAUAUUUUGAAUGAUAUUAACAAUCAUAAGGUCGAGUUAGGAAAUCUUCAAGAAAUUUCGUCAAAUCUUCCUGAAAAAACCGAGCAUGUCGACGUUACAACCAAGAAAUUGGGUGAUCAGUACUCAAUGCUUCGAAAUAGAUGCGAGAAAUUCGUAGAACGUUACGAGAGUAUUGUUAGCGACCAUCAGCAAUAUUGUAAGGCCGUCAUGGAAGCCCAAGAAUUCAUGGAUGCCACAGCAAAUACUGUUAAUCUAUGGGGUGAUUUGGAACUAGAACAGGUUUCCUUGCAUACGAAUCUAGAUCGUUUGAAGAAUUUGAAAGCAAGUCUCGCUGAUGAAUUCCCACGUGUUGAUCAAGUGCGAGCUUUAGGAGAAAAGGUUAUUCCUGGAACAAUCGAUGUUGGUCAGGUUAACAUCAAAUCGCAGAUCGAUAAUACUCAACAAGAAUGGGAAAACCUUAUAGCUUCAAUAAACUCGGAAAUCGAAGCAAUUGAAAACCGCCUUCAGCAAUGGUCUGAAUACGAACAACUUAGAAAUCAAUGUCUGAACUGGAUUCGAGAUUCUGACAAUAAACUGCAUGCAAUUGAUCUUAAGGAGACCUUGAAUGAAAAGAAGGCACAAUUGGAUGAACUCAAAAACCUUCAAGGUGAAGUUCGUGCUAAGGAACUUGAGAUUGACAAUGUAUCCGAAAAGGGUCAACUUUUGUUGAAGGGUCAUUCAAGUGUGAGAAGUAUACAAGGUCCAGAACUAAUAACUAAAUAUCAACAAAUCUUCCACAAAGUCAAGGAAUUGAAUAAUCGUUGGCAACAGUAUGUAACCUCACACCAGGAAUUCGACAACCAAAUAGCUGAAUGUAAUAAUUGGAUAGAUUCUAUUAGAGAGAACCUUGAUUACUGUUCAGACACUAGUUCAAUGAAUCAGGCUGAACUCGAGAAGAAAUUGUCCACAAUUCAAGAUGUUAUUCUGCUUAAAGACGAAGGAUCGACAAAGAUUCAGGGACUCUUUGAAUUGGCACAAAAUGUACUUGCCAAUACAGCUCCAAUGGGUCAUGAACCAAUUAAUAAGUCACUAGCGCAAAUACAGGAAGCUUGGUCCGCAAUAGCUUUGAAGAUGAUUGAUGUGAGAUCUAACUUGGAUGAUUCAAUCAGUCAAUGGAGUGGCUUCCUUGAGCAAGUUCAAAAUGUCAAGAAAAUAAACGAAUGGCUCGAAGGUAUGUUGAAAGAACUAUCAGAAUAUCAAACUACGAUGACCGAAAAACGAGCUCAGUUGGACAGAAUCAAGAGUGCAGAAGAAAAGGUGCGCAUGGAGAAAAUUGAUGUUGAUGCUUUGAAAGCACAAAUACCAGAAAUGCUCGGCUCUGGGCAGCAAAGUCAACAGGCCUUCCAAGCUCAAAAAGUGCUUGAUAAAUUUGAUGAAUUGGCAACUAGAACCCAGAAAUUGCUUUCUUCACGAAACGACCAAUACAGAGACCAUAGGUUGUAUAAGGAAGCUUAUGAUGAUCUUGUCAGCUGGAUAAGCCGUGCUAGGGAGAAGUUCCCAUCGCUGAAACAGAGCAGUUUGAGUGACAAACUUGCAAUUGAGAAUGCUGUUCAGGCUACCGAAGCACUUAUCAAUAAGCAAGCUCAAGGUGAACUUUUAGUAGAACAUUUAGUGCAUACAGGUGAAGUCGUUCUAGCCAGUACCUCAUCGCAGGGUCAGGAAAUAAUCCGAAACGACAUUCGAGCCCUCCGAGAUAGCUUUGAAGGUCUUUUCCGUGAAAUUAUUCAACAAAAAGAAAGCCUCGAAGCUACAAUGAUUCAAUGGAGAGCUUACAAAGAAGAAUAUGAACGUUUAAUGGAAUGGCUUCAACAAAUAGACAUUCUGGUUAAAAAUCAUAAGCUAAAUCUUCUUCCAAACAUUGACGAAAAGAAGAAACAAGUAAACGACAUGCACAGCAUUAUGACUCGUCUAGAAAACGGAAAAGCUGAUAUCGAGACAUUCAACCAAUCGGCCGCUGGUCUUCUUAAAUCGCAUUUGGAUACUUAUGUUAACAAUCAACUCAGACAUCUUAAUUCAAUGUACCAAGUUCAAGUCAAUUUAGCUAAAGAUGUAUUGAAAAAGGUAGAAACAAACUAUGAGCAACACAAGGGCUAUAUGGAUAACAUGAAAGGUGCUCAAGACUGGAUAGCCAAUGCCAAGGAGGUUAUUCGUAAUUGCAGUGAAGCAUCCAGUGCCAACUCGAAGGAAGUUCUACAGCAAAGACUUGCCCAAAUUCAAGAUUUGAUUAGAAGGCGCGAAGAAGGACAAAAUCUUGUCCACUCUGCCAUUAAUAAUGGUGAAAAAGUUGUACGCAAUACCCGGUCUGAUGGCAGGGAUUCUAUUAAUUCUGAAAUGAGGGAUUUACAGACCGAUUGGGAACGACUUGUUAAGAAAAUGUCGACUGCAAAGGUUCAUCUGGAAACAAGUCUCUUGCAAUGGGCUGAUUAUAGCUCAAGUUAUUCUCAACUUCAACAAUGGAUAUCAGACAGAGAAGCCAAAUUACAGCAAGCUUGUGAACAGAAAAUUGUUAAAUCAAGAACCGGACAACCUGGUCUCAGUUCAGGACUUAGCGAAAAGAAGGCUUAUCUUAGACAGACAAACAAUAUUGUUCAAGAUAUUGUGUCAUUUGAGCCUAUGAUUCAGUCUGUGGCAUCCAAAGCUUCAGAUCUUCAACAGGGUGCACCUGCUACAGAAAUUUCCAGCAAAUACGAAACCCUUACAAAACAGGCUAGGGAUUUAUAUGAAAAACAAAGAAGUGCAAUCGAACAGUACCAAGCACUUAUUGAUGCCGGUAAUGAGUUUGCCCAAUGGCUUCGUAAUGCGAAAGAAAGGUUGAGCAAGUGUUCAGAGCCCACGGGCGAUAAACAAGCAUUAGCAGAAAAAACUCACCAAUUGAAAAUUCUUCAGAGUGAAGUUCCAGAAGGUCAGAAAAAGUUGGAUCUUGCUUUAGAUCAAGGUGAAAUUGCCUGCAAGACAGCAGAACCAGCAGAUCGUGAAAUCAUCGAGGAAGAAGUUGCACUUCUUCAAGAAGAAUUCGACAAUUAUGUCGAUGCUCUUAAAAAAGCAAAGGAGUACCUAGAAGUCGGCAUCGUUAAAUGGACAGACUAUCAAGACCAAUACACCGAAGCUCUUGAAUGGCUUACCAAGACAGAAGCAUUGGUUCAAUCAUAUAAUAAACUGCAAGACAGUUUAGGACAAAAGAAGGUAGUCCUUGAAGAGUUCCAGGGUCAUUUACAAACUCUGUUCGACUGGCAGAAAGAAUUGGACCGUUUGAACAUGAAAGCUCAAAUGCUCCUUGAAACUUGCUCUGAUACUAGAGUCAGCAAUGCCAUUACGCAGUUGACAACAAAAUAUAAUGCUCUAUUAACACUGGCAAAGGAGGUAAUGCGACGACUAGAGAUGCAUUAUCAAGAACAUCAACAGCACCAUACGAUUUACGAAGAAUGCCAGUCUUGGAUCGAAAAAACAAGAGAGAAAUUAAAUGACUGUGAAAUAAUCCCAGGCAAUCUUAAAGAUGUACAAGCUAAAUUGAAUACAGUAAAGAACCUUCGUCAAGGUUUUGAAACUGGCCAGAACAAAUUGCGAUAUCUUCUCGAGCUCAAAGAGAAGGUAAUAAUGAAUACUGAGCAAAAUGGUGCUGCCAAAAUUCAGGAAGACACUGAAAAUCUUAAGCAAGACUUUGAAAAACUUUUGGUUGAUCUCAACGAAAUAAAACAAAAACUUACCAAUCGUGCAAAUCAGCUUGAGGAAGUAAGUAAAUUGUAUAAAAUCCUACUCGAAUGGAUGGAAGAAAUUGAACCAAGUAUCAAACCAAACGAAGAGUUUUUGAAUGAUUUGAGCGAAAAAAGAGCAGCUCUCGAGAAAUACCGAGCAAUAUAUCGUGAUAUCAAUGGUCAUAGUGAUUUGAUUGAAAAAAUUAACACUCGUCUUGAAGAAGACUCAAAUCUAGAUAGAAAUGAUUUCAAAGAUGGUCUACAGAAAUUCGACGAAAUUCAGGAAUCCGUUAGCAAGAUCAUUGAGAACCUCGAGAACCAAGUCAAUAAUCAUGAUAAAUACAAACAAGCCUUUAAGGAAACUCAAGACUGGCUACGAAAAACUAGAUUGGCUAUUGAACAAUCGUCUGAUUGCCACGGUGAAAAGAAUCUAGUAGAAGAUAGGUUGAACAAACUUGGAGAAAUUGGAAGCUCAAUGACCGAGGGUAACUCUUUGCUUGAGGCCACUGUGGAACUCAGUCAAAAUGUUAUAUCCACUAGCGGUAAUGAAGGACAAGACGCUAUAACACAAGAAAUCAAACAACUAAACACCGAGUGGGAAACACUCCAGGCCUUGUCCAGAGAUGCUCGCACUAGUCUUGAUGAGUGUCUAUCUUCAUGGACCAAUUUCUUAAAUAAGUUCAAUAAAAUUAACAAAUGGAUUGCAGAUAUAACUAGCAGAGUAAGCACUGCCAAUGAAACCGAAAGCAAAACUCCCAAUGACUUAGUCAACGCAAAGAAACUAUUGGAGGAAGUCCUUGAUGAAAAGGAAACUGUAGAGGAUCUUAAUGAUGCUUGUGAGAUACUCAUGGAACACAGUGCUUGCUCAAGAGUGAGGGAUCAAACUGUUGAAACUCAGGCCAACUAUACAAAACUGCUUACAGCUGCCCAAGGGCUUGUAGCAAAAAUUGAAAAGAAUCUUUCCGACCAUACGGAAUUCCUCAACUAUAAGAACGAAAUGGAUGCUUGGAUUGGAAAAGCAAAUGAAGUACUCAAUGAGUGUAAUUGUGAAGGGGAUACAAAUUCUGUUGCUAUACAAUUAGAAACAGUAAAUUCGUUAAAUUCCCGCCUUCCUGAAGGCCAACAUUUGCUCAACAUGGUCCAAGAAGCCUACAACAAAGCUAGUAAUAUAACUCCAGAAGAACAACAAGAAAAACUUCGCAAUCUAAUGACUAAAAUCCGUGAAGAUUGGGACACAUUGGGCUUAAAUGUCCAAGAAAAACUAAGUAAUCUUCAUCAAGCAAAAACACGUUGGCGUGACUUUUCAGCUAACAAAGGAAAGCUUAUUAAAUGGUUGGAAGAAACUGAAAGUUCAUUGAAGCCAACACCAGACACCAAGGGUGAACUCAGUGAAAUGAAAACCAUUUUAGAAAGAUUCAAGUCUCUACAAAAUGAUAUUAAACAAAAGAAUCCCGAUUUUGAUAAUCUAUCGGUUGAAGCCAAUGAACUUGGAACAGAAGUUGAAGAAGUUCGUUCACUAGUAAAUCGCUUUGAAAAAGCUAAAUCCGAUUGUGUAAAUCGAAUUAAAUUGUUAGAAUCUGAAAUCAUUGAUUACAAUGCAUAUCAUCAAUCUUUGCAAGAUGUGGAAAAAUGGCUUCUCCAAAUAUCUUUCCAAUUAAUGGCUCAUAAUUCAUUGUUUAUUUCGAAUCGGGAACAGACUCAAGAGCAAAUCAAUCAACACGAAGCUUUGUUAGAAGAAAUUCAGAAAUAUCGUGCAACUCUAGAUGAUCUCAAUGCCAAGGGACAAGGACAAAUAAAGCGCUAUGAACCAAAAACACCUACCAUUCGACAAGUUGUAGAAGAGCAGCUUAACAAUAUUCAAGACAGCUACAACUCCUUAUUGCAUACUUCAGUGCAAAUAAAGAAUCGUUUGCAUGAGUCUUUGGCCAAAUUCCAGGAUUAUGAAGAUACCUUGAAGAGCAUCAUGGAUAACCUUAAUGAAUACGAACCUAUUAUACAGAAUGAAUUAGAUGUUCCAGCAACCAAUCUAGACAUGGCCAAGAAACAGCUUCAACAUGCCCAAACCUUGCAUAAUAAAUUACAACAAGAGAAGUCUCGACUUGCCUUAGCCGUGCAAGCAUGUGAGGCAGCCACAGCAUCCAUCAGUCGCCCAAGUUCACCAUUGGAAACUGCAAUGCAGCCUAUUCCCGAAAAGGAGCUGAUUGUCAGAGCAAAGUUGGAGGAUCUUCUCGAUCAGGCUUUGCAAAUAAGUCCUUUCGAUUCUUCGGAAGCCACAGUGCUAGAUCCCGACUCCGGCAAUCGUGUUAAAGUACUUAACAAAAAUCUUGAUAAAUUCAGGAAUUUUACUAAGCUUGAUGCCUUAGACACUAAGAUUCAAUCCCAUUUAAGUGGAUUAACGCAAUCAGUUAGUGAACUAGAGCAGCAACAAAAACAGAGAGCCGAACUUCAAGACUGGAUUAAGAAGCAAGAGAAUUCAGUAUCGGACUGGUUAUCACGACCAUGCAAACUACGUCCGGAGGCAGCUAAACAAGAAUUAAUUGCUAUGAAUGACCUUCUUAAUACAAUUGAAAACAAACGUUCUCAACUUAUGACGGAUAUGACUGGAUCAUUUGCUGAUGGUGACACAACAGAAUUGGAAAAUCAGCUAGACCAGUUGGAGGGUGAAUUGAUGGAUGCCAUUGCAAAGAAACAGAGUGGUCAAAACAUUAUUGACAAUUACCGUCAAGCUAUGCAACAGUUACAAACAUGGUUCGAUUCGUUAAUUAAGCGCAUGGAUGUUCUCGAUAAGGGUAGUGGCCUCAACUGUGGACAAAAAAUGGCUGCAAUUUCUGAGCUUAAGAAUGAGUUCGAAACCAAUGGCCCUCUUAAACUUCAAGAUCUCAAAGCUAAAGCAGCGGCCAUCGGUGAAGUUAUCAGUAAUCUGGAUGGACAACAAGUAGAAGAACAAGUGAAAUCUAUUGAUCGAAGAUAUAAUGACUUGGGCAAGAGAAUCGAUCGCAAAGUUCAACUGUUGGAUGUUACCAAUAAAAAUGUUGAAGCAGCCAAGUCUGAAAUUGAUCAACUGCAAAACUGGGUGAAGGAAAAAAUUCUUGAGCUACAAUCUCCUCCGCCAAUGGGAUACACUGUCAAAUCGGCUGAAGCCCGUCAGCAGAAACUUAAGGGAAUGAUGAAAGAUGCUGAGGCCAAGUUAUCUCUGGCCGAAUCACUUGAGAAACGAACAUCAAAUCUCGAACCAGAAUUGGAACCUGUUGAAUAUACACAGCUCGUCUCAGCUUUGAGGAACUUCGGAUCAGAGCACAAGAAUUUGACUAAUUUGUUGAAGAGCGAAAUGGAAAGAGCUUUGGAAGCCGCAAAGAAUAGAAGAGCCUUAGAGCAGGACCUCGAAAAAACUCGCGCAUGGUUAAAAUCGAAAUUGGCUGAAAUUCGAAAACAACCAGGACAUCAUCCAUUGUCAUCCGCUAACGUUGAGAAAGAGAUUCAGAUCAAUAAAAAACACGACGACGAUAUUAAAGAGUUCAACGAAGGACAACUCAAUGAUGUUGUACGCCAAGCCCACAAUAUCAUGAAAGAUUGCACUGACGAGGAAAAGGCUCAUCUUCAAAAGAUAUUGGACGAAAUCGAAAAUGAUAAUCAGUUGUUGAAGGAUGAAAACUCCAAACGCCAGAAGGUUUUGAUAGAUCUCUUGCACAACAGAAGAAGUUUGGAAGAUGCCAUGAAAAAGGUCGGUGAUUGGUUGAACGAAGCAGAGACAACCGUUUCUGUAGAAAUCCGCACUUCAAGUCUUCCAAUACUCGAAGAACAACUUGGUAACUACAAGAAACUUGCUGAAAAGGCAAAUGAAAUGCGAGGUUUCUUAAACGAUGUCGCUGAACAAGGAAAAGGAAUUGCUCCAACUCUUAGCAAUCCAGAAAAACUGAAGCUUAAUGAUGAAUUGAAGAACUUGAAGGAGCGUUUUGGAAAGAUUACACAAACUAUCAAUGACCGCGUCAAAAGCUUGGAGGAUAAUAUCAAGAAGUACAAGGAUGCAAAGAGUAAAUUGGCUGAUUGCAUGCAGUUCCUGAGCGCUGUACAACAACGCCUUCGAGAUUUGAAUAAACCAAUUGGUAGUAAAAUUGAGGAUGUUCAAGACCUCCUCGGUGCUUAUGAAGGUAUAUUGAAGGAGCUGAAGGACAGCAAGUCAAACAUGGGUGAUUUACAAUUUGAGGAUUUGCCAGAACUACAAAGUAUUAUUUCCCAGCAAGACGAUAUGAUUAAAUUGAUAGAAGAUCAACUUGCACAUCUAAGGCAAUUGUUGAUGCUUCGUGAGCAGUUCAUCGCUUUGAUCAAUCAAAUUAUUAUGUUCAUAAUGAAAUAUACCGAAAUCAUAACCGAUAUCGAGAACUCUCCAGAUGACUUAGAGGAGAAAAUCAAGAAGUAUGAUGAUGUCAUUGUUAAAAUACAAGAAUGUGAAGCACUUUUAGCCACUGCUACAGACAAGGGACAAAAAAUAGCUUCCGAAGGAACUGCUGCCGAUAGGAAUAGUAUCACCGAUCAGCUGCAAUCACUCAAAAAACAAUUGCAGAAUCUCCGCAAGGCCGUUGAAACUCAACGACAAAAGCAUCAGAACCAGCUUGAGCACCAUAGAAAAAUGGCUGCAGAGUUGUCGGAAGUUUUAGAUUGGUUGCAUGGCAUUGAAGGUGAAGCCAAAUCUCGCCCUCUGCUAGAUAGGGAUCCAGACUCGGUUGAGCAUGAAAUUCAAAAACAUAAUAAUCUAUCGAAACAAAUAAAGCAAAAUCUCGAUAAAAUAACUAAAAUCACCAAUCAAGUUCAAUCGGAAGUUGGAAUGCCAAGUUCAUUGUUGGAAAUGCUUUCUGAGGCUCGAUCCUUGAUGGCAAUCUUGCCAAAUGAACUUGACGAACGUCUUAAAUAUCUUACCAACAACAAAGCAAGUCGCAUCGAAUACAUGCAAUUGAUUGCUAAAUUCAACGCUUGGGUACAUGAAGCAGAAACUCGUCUUCAAAACGUACAACAUGGCAUUGACUACGAAAACCUAUUGCAUCACCUGGAUGAACAUAAGCUCUUCUUCGGUAAUGAGUCCACAGCAAGAAAUUUGGUUCAUAAGGACAUUCAAGAAGCUGCAGAUAAGAUUUGGCCUUCAUUGAAUACAUUUGAACAGAGUGAACUAUCCAGAGAACUUCAAGAACAUCAACAAACAUUGGCAAAGACACUCGCUGCAGCUAAAAAUCAGCAGAAUGAACUUGAGACGGAAUCGGAGCGUUGGAAGACAUACAAACAGAGUUGUGAGAAAAUCCGAGCAUAUAUUGAACGAACCAGUUUUACUGACGAGCCCGUCACCAAUUUGGCUGGCGUGCACUUCAACAUACAAAAACUAUCGCAUGCUAUUGGAAAUAUUGAGAAUCAAAGUAACGAUAUCGUUCAAAUAAAUCAACAAGCUCAAGCUAUAAUACGGCAAGCGGAUUCACACAAUCGCAGCGCUAUCGAAAAGGACAAUACCGAGUUGAACCGUUUGUGGACAGAUUUAGUGAAAGGAUUAGAAAAUCGUCGUGACACGUUACAGUCGGCCGCUGAGAAGUGGGAGGAAUUCGAGAACAAGUUCCAUUCGUUGGAAAAAUCAAUUGUUCGAUUGGAGGAAAAGUUCCGAAAUGUCGACCCAGUGGUAAGGUCCAGACGGCAUUUGGAAGACACAAAGCAUGCUAUCCAGGAAAUUCUCGGUGAAUCUGAAGAACUUAAACCAUCACAUAAAGAGAUUGAAGCGCUCUCAGUAUCCAUCGUUUCAUUCCUUGGGAAAGUACACAAACCCUCGGCGGAGGCCAUUCAGGCCAAAGUGGAUAACAUAGUCAUUCAAAAUUCAAAAUUGAACGACGACCUUAAAGAUAAAGACCGAAAGGUAAGCAAGGAUUUAGAAGAAAUUGAAAAUAUCUUCCAACGUAUAUCCGCAUUGCAAGAUAAAUUUAAUACGCUUUUGGAAAAAAUAAGCGAAAUACACGUAUUUGAUGCGAAUGUCAAUAAAAUCGAAGAAGAUUUGAAUAAACUUCAAACCACAGUCAAUCAAACUAUUGAAGAAGCAAAGACUUUGAUUAAAUCCACACAAGAAAAGUAUUUGAAGCAACAGAAUUUAAUUCCAGCGGAUAUAGCGCAAGAAUUUACUGCUUUGGAAUUGCUCUCUGAGAGAGUACAAGGUGAUAUGGAUACAAAACAAAGAGAAUUUAAACGUGCAAAAACCGUACGCACGGAAUAUUUGACCGGUGUCGAUGAAAUACAAACAUGGUUGCAAAAAGCUGAAGUUCAAAUACAAGAUCGUACUCUAGAACCAGCUAAGCUAAAAGAAGUCCUUCACAGAAUUAACCAAGAAAUUGGUGGAAUUUAUGAGAAAUUUAAUUUGGUCAAGAAUAAUGGAAUUGCAAUUAUUGAUAAUUGUCGAAAUAGCGAAGAAAAGAUAUUGGUUCAAAAUACCAUUGAUCAACUUGCCCAGCAAUUGGGACAAGUGAGGUCGUGGUUAGAUGAAAAGAAACAACAAGUUGGUGACAGCUUGGACGCAUGGACUAGGUUUAUGAAUUUGUAUCAAAUUGUGAUGACAUGGGUGGCUGAAAAGAGGGCAUUCCUUGAGGAACCACUGGAUUUGAAAACCCUGCACGAAACACGACAGAAAUUGAAUGAUUACUCUAAUGCCUGCAAAAGUAUUAAACCCAUUGUUAAACAUUUGAGCGAAAUGGACAAGGAAUUGGAACAUAUUGGCGAAGUGACAUCGAUCGGCGAUCUCAAGGCUAAACUGGAAGAAGCAGAAGAAGCCAAAGUUGGAGUUGAAGCAAUUUUACUUGAAAGGAAUGCAUUAUUACAAGAAACUAGCGAAGAAUGGGAUCAAUGUGAGCGUAAAAUCAAGGAUAUUCGUAAUUGGAUUGAGAAGACAAAAACAUCGCUCGAAUCAACCCAACAAAAGAAAAAACCGCUGAGAGAUCAGCUAGGCUUUUGUGAAAAGACUGUAGCCGACAUAAAUGUGCAAAAGACAAAACUGAGACUAUCUAUUGAAAAACUUGAAGUCCAUUUCCGUUCUGGUAUUGGUGGUGAUCCCCGACUAAGCGAAAAUGUUGAUGACCUAUUGCGUACGCUUUCUGAGCUGAAUGAUUUGGUGAAAACCAAGUCAACUAGCCUAGAAGAAACGCUAAGUCAAAUUGACAUCUAUCAACACCAGAUGCAGUCGCUAAGACAAAAAAUCAUUCAAGAAGAACAACAACUUCGUCUGGUCAUGGCGCCAACAUAUUUGCCCCAUGAUCGUGAACAGGCGUUAGUUGAACAACAGGCUUGUCGAACAACAAUCGAUGAUAUGAAACAAAAAUAUGAUGUGAUAGCUGCCUUAUCUUAUACACUGGAUCCAAAUUCAGUGGUUGCAACAUCAUCAGCUGUAUCUAUGCUCCUAAAACCAUCGAAAUUGGGUUUCACUUAUGCUGAAGUGCUAUCAGGUAGAUCAAGUCCACUGCAGUUUGCAGUCAAUCAGACGAAAGAACAAAUUUCAAAACCCACCCAAAAGCCUAUUGUUAGUUAUAAUAUGCCUGAGCCACAGCAUCAGCAACAAUUUGAACUUACAUAUGAACAAGAGACAUUUUUACUGCCAUCGCAGCCACAACGACAACAACAAGAAACGAUUGAAAUAGUUGAUAGUCGAACAAAUAAUUCAAUGUAUCAAGAAGUAGAACCAAAACGAGAAGAGAUUCGUCAUCAAGUUCCUUCACAGAUGGUACAAGUCAUUGAACCAAAACGAGAAGAGGUUCAUCAUCAAGUUCCUUCACAGAUGGUACAAGUCAUAGAGCCACCAUCUUCACAACAAACUUCUAGUAUAGAACAAUUUAUUGUCCAAGAAAAGUUAUCAGCCAAACCACCACAACAAAAGCCUGAAACAAGGCGGGCAAGAUCUCCUCGACGAAAAUAUUCUGCAAAAUCCAAAUCAGACAAUACCACACAAUUGCAAUCGACUGAAACGAAAACUGGUUUGUAUGUUCCAGUUGAAUCUAGAGCCCGUUCAAGGAGCCCCAUCUGGGCACCAGGAUCCACAUCUUACGCUGAAGUAUUGCGUGGUGUUGAAUUAGAACGACAAAGACAAGAAAUGCUAUUACAGCAAUUCGGGGCAAAACACAUUAGUCAAGAACAGCAAAGUCCGUCAGUGAGCAUACCAUCUCAUGAAGUAUUAACUUAUGAAAAAGAAGACAAAUUACCAGUUGAACAAGGAGCAACUUCAUUAGAUUACAAUAUUAUCCAGCACGAAGUAGUCACAGAAAGUCUCCCACAGAAACAGUCUUCCUACCCCGAAGUGACAACUUACCAAGAAGAAAAUUUCGAAGUAUAUCAGCCCACUCAGCCCAUUCAAACCACUUUAACGUCUGAUCAGUCUUCAUGGCAAUAUUCUACCCAACAGGUGCAACCGAAUUUCUAUGAACAAAUCUUACAGUAUCAGCCCCAACAAGCUGCACCACAAUCUGCCUAUACAAAUUACAAUCUUACCCAAUAUCAACCGGGUUACCAAAUUAUUGGUCAGUCUAUGACCGGUUACUAUCAACAACCUGGUAUUGAUAGCUAUCAGUAUCAAACAACUGGUGCAAAUAUGAUUUAUUCUGAUCAAACCCAAUUAUACUAUCCCCAAGUUGAGGCCUUACCCUUAGAUGUGAAUACUAUUAGGUAUCAGCAGCAAUCUGAACAGGAACUGGUUCCUUCAGCUGCGCUCAAUGAACAAAUUUUCCAAUAUCAACAGAUUUCGUCCAAAACGGAACCAAGUGUGAUCGAGCAAAACAUUUCUACAAUAACUAGUACAACAACACAGAGCACGGAAACAUCAGUAAACUAUGAAAUAAAUCAAGUCCCACAUAGACAAGAUUUACAAAACAUUCAAAUGUUGGAAACCGAAUUACGACCCGACAUAACAUUCGGACAGUUCAGCAUGAAUGAAAUAGAUGUUGAUAUAAUUAAAGAUUCAAGUCCUAUACGGAUGGAAGAACAACCUCCAGUUCCUGAGCCACAACAACAGCAACAUUAUCAACAACAACAACAUUACCAACAACAACAACAAUUUACACAGAUCCUUCCCAUGGAAGCAGAAUUAACAAAGCCACCUCAGACUUCAGUUUCUCAAUUCCAACCCUCGCCACCUAUUGAAAAAGUCGUUAUAGAUAAACCAAGUUCCUCAAACGGAAGUACAUACGCAGAAGUAUUAUUUGGUCAAAUGAGCACCUCAAAUACGAUGCAAGUUUUCCAGUCAUCCAGCAUUCAACAGCCAAGACAAACUACUAUUGUAACUUCAGUAAUAAAAGGCGAACAAAAAGCCGCUCAAUAUCCCAAAAGAGGGAAACUCGAAACAGCAGUUCAGUAUCAAUCGACAAGAUAUGUUCGAGAUGAAUUGCAACAAACUGUAACUACAACGAACACGGCAUGGCAACAAGCAAAGUCUCCUUCCGUGGACUUUAAAGAAAUUCAGAGAAGAGAGGACACAUAUGCUCCAAUGCCAAAACCAAAUAAGUCACGCUCGAAAAAGCAAAUAGAAGAAAGGCAAGUAGUGCCAUCAACCAAUACGAAAGAUAUUCGAAAAACGAAGCAAAGUAAAUAUGUAGAGCCGGUUGUUUCUGAAGAAACUACCGCUACUACGGUUACAACUUCUAAAACAAAUGUUGCAACAGCCAAGAUAAGUAGUAUUAAAGAAAAAACAUCUUCAAAAGCUCAUCCAAAACAACAACAACCAAAGGGGAGAGUUGAGCUUAAGGAAGAAGAAAUAAGUAUGAUCAAACCUAAAGAAGUACUUUCAAAAAGCACUAAAAUAGGUCCUACGGAUACAGAAUCUCAAAUUUUUACAAAAACUGAAACUGAGAACGGUGCUGAGGAGAAGGAAUCAAAGAGAAAACAACGUAAGAAGUCUCCGAAAGAAAGUGAUCUAAAGUUAAGUGUGUCAGAAUCUGUGCCUACGCCUUUGAAAGAAUCAAAGAAAACGAAAAAGGAUGUUGUUGAUGAUGUUAAAGAAGUUGAGACUAAGCCUCAAAAGACGAAAAAUAAUAACAAACCCGUUAUCUCUAAACAAGACAAAAAAAAAACGAACACUGAAAGUCAUCACGUUCAAACAUCAAGUUCGGUAACAUCUACGCUGAUAAUUGAACCACAAACGGUACAAAUUAGGGAAAUAGUUGAAGACUUUCCCAUUUCUACGAGUGAAAGCUCGAAACAGCGACCAAACGAUAACCAGAAAUUAACUUUGAGCAAAGUAUCAGGAGAAACUCCAAUUCAAGCUCAAACAAUUGAAAUAUCUGAAAGUCCAAGUGACCAUGAAGUUCCCGACACUUCUUCCACAAAUAUUGUUAGAAAAACCGUGACAACAACUAGAAGAAUUGUCAAAAAAAUCAAUGCCCAGGGUGAAGAAACAGUUGUUGAAGAUGAACCACAAGUGGAAACAUCUACUACUUCUGAUGUACCCAGUACCAGAACGCAACUUGUUUCUGCUGAAACAGCGAGCACACAACAAGGAACCGGUGUUAUUAAAACGACAACUACCACAACAAGAACUGUUAAACAUAUAAGUUCCCAGGGAAAUACUGAAGAAGAACCGCACGUAGAAACAUCUACGAUUUCUGAUACUUUCGUAACACAACCUGAAACAACUGAAACAUCGAAUACAACACAAGAAGGGGGUGUUGUUAAGACUACAACAACAAAGACUACAAGGAUAACAAGAAAAACAACAUCACAAGGAGGACAUAUUGUGGAGAGUGAACCACAAAUAUUGACCGAAGAAACAACUCACGAACUUCCCAUUGAAAAGACUGUUGUUGAAACAACAAAGAAACAUUCAAAAUCUAAAAAGAAUUCCAAGAAAACCGUUUCCCAAGAAAUUCAAAAUCAGACACAGACAAAGAAAAUUGUUCCAGUGGAAGAAAUGGAUAUUCCAACUGAAGAAAUGGUGGCAGAAUCUAUUCCUCAAAUCGAACCCCAAGUUCUUCCAACAGACGAUACAGUGGUAAAAGUUACCGAUACUGUUUCAAAACCAACCCCUGUUGAUAAACCGAAGAAACACAAGAAAGAACCCCAAGUUAUUCCAGUGACCGAAACAGAGGCUGUAAAAGAAACAAAUAAUAUUUCGAAAUCUAUCCAAGUUGACAACCAGACGAAGCAUAUGAAAGAAGAAGAGGGUUUGAAAAAUGUUAUCGAAAAUGUACAAAUUCCUGCACAGCCCUUAGACUUUGAAGAAGUGAAAGUUUCUCCAUUAGAAGUUGAAAUUGAAUCCCAAAAAAGAACUUUAAAUUAUCAAAGCCAUUCUCAAACUUCUGAAAGCAGUUCUAUCAAAAACACGAUGGUAACAAAACGAACUAUUACAAAGAGAAUAACAUCAGAUGGCCAAGAAGUUAUUGAAACUGUAGUUGAAGAUGAACCAGAUUUUGAAACUGCUACUACACAUUCUAUUCCAACAAUCUCAGACACAAAUAUUAAAGAAGAAAAUCCAAUCGAGACUGAAAAGUCUUUGUCAAUAGAUACUCAACAGAACAACACUAACGAACAAAGUUGCACAACACAUUCUUCAAUUAUAUCUCAGGGAAAUAUUGUCAGAACAACAAUUCUCAAAUCAAAGAGAAUAAUCAAAAGAAUAACUGCUGAUGGAGAGGAAAUUAUUGAAAGUGUAGUUGAAGAUGAGCCGCAAGUUGAAACAGUUGAAACCAAGAUGAAUCCUAUUUCUUCCCAAACAGAAAUAUCAUAUGCUUCAUCUCCACAAGUUGAUAACUCAGAAACGGCACAAAGAGUUGGAGGAAUUACAACUUCUUCUUCACUAGAACACAAUAUUUCAACGCAAUCUGUCCAAAAAGGCUUUACUUCAUUAACUUCACAAACUACUCAUGGAAGCAUUGUUAGAACGACAACCGUCAAAACUAGAAGAAUUAUUAAGAGAAUCACAGCUGAUGGUGAAGAAAUUAUAGAAAAUGUUAUUGAAGAUGAGCCACAGAUUGAAACAGUGGUUUCUGAGGUAUCGCCGAGUGUGACAGUUACAAAAACUGAUUCCACAAUUUGGACUACAGAGCCUACGCAAGAAAUUAUUGUUGACUCUGCAGCUUCUGAAGAUAUAUCUAAUGUAGAAAACUAUGAAGUAAUUAGUUCUUCACCUGAUCAAAAGGAAAUCAAUACUGAAACUAUUUCAAAAACAUUAGUCAAUACAGUCAAGACUAAUUCUGAUCAAACUGAAAACACUAUCGAAACAACUAAAUUUGAUAUCGUAGAAACCAAUGAUAAUAACGUUGAAAAUGAACCUAAAGUUUCAUUACCAAUUUCGACCUCCGAUGCAGUGACUGAUGACAAAAAUAGCGAUAAAGUUCAAAUUGUUUGCUUGGAAGAGGCGAAUAACAUUAGCGUUACAAAGCCUAUUGAAACUUCAAAUCUUUCCAGUGAUAGCUAUGGUCAUAUCGUAGACAAUGACAAACACACGACUCUGACUCGAACGACAACACAAUACACAACUGUUUCGACAAAAAGUACUCAUACUCAAAAUCCUUAUCAAGUUGUUGUAGUUAGCGAAGAAGAAUCAGAUUUGUUGUUAUCAAGAGGUAGAACACAAAAGAUAUCCCUGAUUACUCACGAAGAAAAGCUAAAGAAUCCACUUGUUCAAAUGCAUAUGACAUUACCAGAUGUUACUUUAAAAAUAAGAAAUACCAUAACUGAAGACGUUACAUCUGCAAAUUCAAAUGUUGAGGCAGGAAUAAAUUAUACCGAAACAACAGAAGAUCAGUCUUUAGUCAGAAAGGAAGAUUUAGGUAGGGCAGAUAAGAGCUUGGAAAAACAGGAACAAGACAAGACAGACCAACCGUCAGAGGUUUCGAAACUCAAUAAAAAGUCUAUUAUGCCAGAUGAUAUGACUUCUGAAGAACAAGAGUUGUUUGAAGAGAUUCAAAAGAAACUUUCCAAAAAAGAUAAGAAAAAACGACCAAGUAUACCGGAAGAAUUCCGUAAAGUUAGUUUAGACAUUGAGCCAGAGGUAAGAGAACCUAAAACCGAAACAAUUGAGACAACUGAAAAUUUGGAUAAGAAAAUUAGCAUAAGUGAGGCAUUUAUUAGUGAGGAACGGAAUCAAACAAGUGUUACUUCAACUGAACUCACUUCGAUUCCGAAAACCGAGGAAGAAGAUAAGGAAGUAGUUUCUAGGGAUACAGAAUCGUCUUUGCAACCCAAAGAUCAACAACCACAAAGUUUGAAUAUCGUAACUAGCAUUAGUCAGGAAUUUAGGAGUGAAGAACAAAGCCAUACAAGUGUUACUUCAAGUGUUCAAGAAGUAUCUGAAAACGUAACAUAUACUUCUGAUAUCACUUUGAUACCGAAAGCCGGAGAAGAAUAUCAGAAAAUAGUUUGUAAGCAAACCGAAUCGUCCUUGCAACCCCAAGAUCAAUUCCCAGAAGUCCAAGAAGAAGCGACGCAAGCUAAUUUAAUAGUUGAUGUUCCCACUAAACACAACACAGACCUUAAUUCAAUUGUCCCAAUUAACAAUACCGAUAACACUUCACAGACACAAAGUUUAAUAUUAGAAAGCGAUAGGAGCGUAAUUAAAGAAGAAUUAAGUAGCUAUACCAGUAAUAUAUUAACAUCAGCUAAUCUUGCACCAGUACCUAGGCUAGCAAUAACUCAUGCCAUUAAAUGUUUUGAAGUGCCACGUUAUGAUUUAAUGCUUUUAAAUAGAGCAGAAGCUGUGUACUACAGGGUUUCUGGUAGAGAGGUAAAGAGUGAGCAUAUAGACGAAGUUGAAUGUAAGAUCCCGGAAUCACCCAAACCCGAUAUAAAACAAGUGGAAAAAGUAGAGGUAAGCGUUAUUUCAUCAAAUGCAGAAGCAUUGCCUAACCAUUAUAGUUUCGAAGUCUCUUCAUAUGAUACUUCUUUAUUAAACAAGGCUGAACGCCAGUAUGUAACCUUACUAACACAAAAGUAUGCAAUAGAAAAGAAUUCCCUAGUAGAUAUAAAUAAUGUGACUCAAGAAGAUGCCCCUGAAGAAUCAAUUUUGCUUAAAUCAGAAAAAGAGAUUGAUACACUCGAAGAAUCAAAAUCAACACCAAUAAAAACUCCAGUACAAGAAGAAGUUUUCCCAGAGUUAAGUGCAUCGGUCAGCGAAAUAGUUACUCAGGAAGUUGUUCAACAAAUUGAGCAAAGUGUUACUGAAGUGUCAAAAACUCAGGCAGUUAUAGAAACUGUAAAACAUAUUUCUUCAACAGACGAGAAAGUAGAAGAACCAUCAAAACCUGAUGUACCAGAAAAAACUAAAAAGGUUGAUUAUGUUGGUCUUCCUAUUGAUGAUACAACAACUACAUGGAUGGAUGUUCUCGAUGAACCAAUGGUAUUUUCAUCAGAUGAGGAAGAUAAAACUGAAAAACCAAUAGCUGAAGAAAAAGAAGAGACAACAAAUGGUAUCAGUGAAGCUACUGAGAAGGUAACCGAAGUUGUCCAACAAAUUGAGCAAACUAUUUCAAAUGUUGAUGUUGCAAAAACCGAAAUAAUCACAGAAAUUGAAGAUCUUACUUCUUCGACAGUUACCAAAGUGGAAGAACCCUCAAAACCAAUUGUUGAACAAGAAAAACCCAAGAAGGUUGAUUAUGUUGGUCUUCCCAUUGACGAAACUGCCACUACUUGGAUGGAUGUCCUGGAUGAACCAAUGGUAUUUUCAUCAGAUGAGGAAGAUACACCUGAAAAACCAGUUGAUGACGAAAAAGCUAUCAGUGAACCUUCUGAGAAGGUAACCGAAGUCAUCCAACAAAUUGAGAAAACUAGUUCUAAAGUUGAAGUUGCGAAAACCGAAACAAUCACAGAAAUUGAAGAUCUUACUUCUUCGACAGUUACCAAAUUGGAAGAACCAUCAAAACCAAUUGUUGAACAAGAGAAACCCAAGAAAGUUGAUUACGUUGGUCUUCCAAUUGACGAAACUGCCACUACUUGGAUGGAUGUCCUGGAAGAACCAAUAGUAUUUUCAUCAGAUGAAGAAGAUACACCUGAAAAACCAGUUGCUGACGGAAAAGAAGAGACAGCUAAAGCUAUCAGUGAACCUUCUGAGAAGGUAACCGAAGUCAUCCAACAAAUUGAGCAAACUACUGACGUUGAAGUUGCGAAAACCGAAACAAUCACAGAAAUUGAAGAUCUUACUUCUUCGACAGUUACCAAAGUGGAAGAACCAUCAAAACCAAUUGUUGAACAAGAAAAACCCAAGAAAGUUGAUUAUGUUGGUCUCCCAAUUGACGAAACUGCCACUACUUGGAUGGAUGUCCUUGAUGAGCCAAUGGUAUUUUCAUCAGAUGAGGAAGAUACACCUGAAAAACCAGUUGCUGACGAAAAAGCUAUCAGUGAACCUUCUGAGAAGGUAACCGAAGUCAUCCAACAAAUUGAGAAAACUAGUUCUAACGUUGAAGUUGCGAAGACCGGAACAAUCACAGAAAUUGAAGAUCUUACUUCUUCGACAGUUACCAAAUUGGAAGAACCAUCAAAACCAAUUGUUGAACAAGAGAAACCCAAGAAAGUUGAUUACGUUGGUCUUCCAAUUGACGAAACUGCCACUACUUGGAUGGAUGUCCUGGAUGAACCAAUGGUAUUUUCAUCAGAUGAAGAAGAUAAACCUGAAAAACCAGUUGCUGACGGAAAAGAAGAGACAGCUAAAGCUAUCAGUGAACCUUCUGAGAAGGUAACCGAAGUCAUCCAACAAAUUGAGCAAACUACUGACGUUGAAGUUGCGAAAACCGAAACAAUCACAGAAAUUGAAGAUCUUACUUCUUCGACAGUUACCAAAGUGGAAGAACCAUCAAAACCAAUUGUUGAACAAGAAAAACCCAAGAAAGUUGAUUAUGUUGGUCUCCCAAUUGACGAAACUGCCACUACUUGGAUGGAUGUCCUUGAUGAGCCAAUGGUAUUUUCAUCAGAUGAGGAAGAUACACCUGAAAAACCAGUUGCUGACGAAAAAGCUAUCAGUGAACCUUCUGAGAAGGUAACCGAAGUCAUCCAACAAAUUGAGAAAACUAGUUCUAAAGUUGAAGUUGCGAAAACCGAAACAAUCACAGAAAUUGAAGAUCUUACUUCUUCGACAGUUACCAAAUUGGAAGAACCAUCAAAACCAAUUGUUGAACAAGAGAAACCCAAGAAAGUUGAUUACGUUGGUCUUCCAAUUGACGAAACUGCCACUACUUGGAUGGAUAUCCUGGAUGAACCAAUGGUAUUUUCAUCAGAUGAAGAAGAUACACCUGAAAAACUAGUUGCUGACGGAAAAGAAGAGACAGCUAAAGCUAUCAGUGAACCUUCUGAGAAGGUAACCGAAGUCAUCCAACAAAUUGAGCAAACUACUAACGUUGAAGUUGCGAAAACCGAAACAAUCACAGAAAUUGAAGAUCUUACUUCUUCGACAGUUACCAAAGUGGACGAACCAUCAAAACCAAUUUUUGAACAAGAAAAACCCAAGAAAGUUGAUUAUGUUGGUCUCCCAAUUGACGAAACUGCCACUACUUGGAUGGAUGUCCUGGAUGAACCAAUGGUAUUUUCAUCAGAUGAGGAAGAUACACCUGAAAAACCAGUUGCUGAAGAAAAAGAAAAGACAACAAAAGUUAUCAGUGAACCUUCUGAGAAGGUAACCGAAGUUGUGCAACGAAUUGAGAAAACCAUUUCAAAUGUUGAAGUUGCAAAAACCGAAAUAAUCACAGAAAUUGAAGAUCUUACUACUUCAACAGUUACCAAAGUAAAAGAACCAUCAAAACCAACAGUUGAAGAAGAAAAGCCAGAGAAAACGCUAGUUGCCAGUGAACCUUCUGAGAAGGUAAUCGAAGUCGUCCAACAAAUCGAGCAAACUACUACAAAUGUUGACGUUACUAAAGUUAAAGAACCAUCAAAACCAAUUGUUGAACAAGAAAAACCUAAGAAGGUUGACUAUGUUGGUCUUCCAAUUGAUGAAACUGCCACUACCUGGAUGGAUGUCCUUGAUGAGCCAAUGGUAUUUUCAUCAGAUGAGGAAGAUACGCCUGAAAAACUAGUUGCUGAAGAAAAAGAAGAGACAACAAAAGUUAUCAGUGAACUCUCUGAGAAGGUAACCGAAGUUGUCCAACAAAUUGAGCAAACUACCUCAAAUGUUGAUUUUGCGAAAACCGAAAUAGUUACAGAAAUUGAAGAUCUCACUUCUUCUACACUUACCAAAGUAGAAAAACCAUCAAAACCAAUUGUUGAACAAGAAAAACCCAAGAAAGUUGAUUAUGUUGGUCUCCCAAUUGACGAAACUGCCACUACCUGGAUGGAUGUCCUUGAUGAGCCAAUGGUAAUUUCAUCAGAUGAAGAAGAUACACCUGAAAAACCAGUUGCUGACGAAAAAGAAGAGACAACUAAAGCUACCAUUGUACCUUCUGAGAAGGUAACCGAAGUCAUCCAACAAAUUGAGCAAACUAAUUCUAACGUUGAAGUUGCGAAGACCGGAACAAUCACAGAAAUUGAAGAUCUUAUUUCUUCGAUAGUUACCAAAGUAGAAGAACCAUCAAAACCAACAGUUGAAGAAGAAAAGCCAGAAACAACGCAAGUUGCCAGUGAAUCUUCUGAGAAGGUAACCGAAGUCGUCCAACAAAACGAGCAACUUACUACAAAUGUUGAAGUUGUUAAAACCGAAACGGUCACAGAAAUCGAAGAUAUUCCUUCCUCCACAGUAACUAAAGUUGAAGAAUCAUCAAAACCGAUUGCUGAACAAGAAAAACCCAAGAAGGUUGAUUAUGUUGGUCUCCCCAUUGACGAAACUGCCACUACCUGGAUGGAAGUCCUUGAUGAGCCAAUGGUAUUUUCAUCAGAUGAAGAAGAUUCUCAUAAAAAAUCUGUUGCUGAUGAAAAAGAAAUGGAAAUUAUCAGUCCAUCACCUGAGGAAUUAGCUCUUCAGCAAGUUGUUGAAUUAAGUGAACCAGCUACUACGAUUCAAACUAAUAUCCAGCACAUUACAAACAUCAUUAGUGAAGAAAAACGUAUUAUUACAACCGAUACUCGAAAAAUUGUUAUGGAAAACGAACACGGUCAACCUAUUUACGAAUUUACAAUGCCUCAGAGACCAAGCCAGCAAACAGAUUUCAUUCCACCUUUACAUGAUGAGAAACUAGUGAUUGACACAUGGUCAAGUGUUCUUGAAGAUUCUGUUCCUGUAAGUAGUGUUCCAACGUUUUCGAAACUAUCAGCCGAUGCUCCAGAGUUUACACCAGCAUUCAUGCGUAACAUACAGGUAAACAAAACGGAAGACUUCUUGUCUUCUGAGAGGAACGUGAGCAUUUCUGCACCUAAGUCAGAAUCAAAAUCAUUAUAUUCCAACAAUGUCAAAAUUUCUGAAACACCGUUCCAAAUUUCAUCGAAAGAGAAACCAAAAGAGCAUAGCAUUGUGGAAAGUAACGUACCCGAAGUUCAUUCAACUUUAGUUACAGUGAAAAAGAACGUUCAAAAGCAGGCUCAAGAUGGCAAGAGCUAUGCUGAUAUACUCUUUAGUCAAUACAACCCUCCAUCCCAGGAUACUUUAGGUCCCUCAGUUGUCAAACCUGAAACAAAUAAAUAUAUCAAAAAUGAUGCGAAGGUUAGUAGUAGACCGGAACCUCAACAUAAGACUAAGAAACCAUUAGAAGAUACUAAUAAGACAACCGUCGAAAUCACUGACGUACAACCAAAGCGAAAACCCAAGAAGCCAAAAUCGAGCCAUAAUGUUCAAAAAGAAGUUAAACCUUUGAUCGCAGAAGAAGAAAAUGUUUCCGUACCACAAAUUAAGGUUGAAGAAAAAUUAGAAUCAACCGUUAUAGAACAGAUUGAUAUUGUUCCAGAUCCAUUUUCUUGGGCAUCCAUUGUGAGUCGGCCUGGAGAAUGGAUUGAUGAUAUUCCUAAGAAAAAAGAAAUUAUCGAAAAGAUUGAAAUAGUGGAUGAUGUCAAGAAAACUGAGAAGAAGAAGAAAAAGAAGACAGAAUCUAAAAAGAAGGAAAAACCAGCAAAGAAGCCUUCCGAAGUUGUAAAUUGGGACGAAAAUAUCAUUGAAACAAACAAAUCAACUUCAGAUUCCGAGGGAAUAGUACAAGAAUCCCCGGUACUUACGGAAGAAAAAACCAUUUCCAGUUUAACUAGCAGUCCAAUUGAAGACCAAAAAACAGAAGAAGUUACAAAAACAGAAUCGUUUACUUGGGCAUCAUUGGUUCGAAAGCCAGGAGAGUGGCAAGAUGAUAUUGUCCACCGUAGAACUGAGCAAGUGAAAGAGAAGCCUAAAAAAUCUGAUUCCGUACGAGGUAAAAUCGAGAAAGUUAAACCGCACUCAACAAGUCCCAGCGACAGUGAUGAAACAAAUAAACCUGUAAGCAAUGUCAACAACAGACCUGGUAGACAACAUCGUACACAAAAACCAACAAAAACUCAUAAAGCAAGACGUGAACCUGAGGUGGUGUUGUCUCAAGAAACCGAACAUACUCCACUGGUAUCUAGUGAUAGUGAAGGAAGCUUACAGCGUAAGAAUGAAUCUAUUCCUAUCGUUGAAUCAACUAAAACAGAAGAAGCUAUUGAUGUUGGAUUGACAUGGGCUAAGGUAGCCAGUCAAAUUGAUUCUUGGACCGAAAUUGAGCCCAAAAAAGAAGACAAGCCCAUAGUGGCUGAUGAAAAACGUGUCAAAGAAGUUAGCAAAAAGGCCAAAAAGCCCAAAAGAACCGUUGCUACCCGACCAGAACGUGACGCAAAUUCUGAUCAUUCUCCAGUUUCUGCACCAAAGCCAGUGGCUGUGACUGAAGAAGUUGAAUCACCAAAGGUCUUAAAACCAAUAGAACCACAACGUGUUGAAAAAGUUUCUGAAAUAAUUUAUAAGACAUCUGAGCCAACUUGGGCAUCCAUUGUCAGUACGCAGACAACUGUUACUAAACAGGUUUCUGAAGCUCAGCCUGCAAAACCUUUGAAGAAACCCAAAGAGAAGCCAAUUCUUGAUACAAAGCCUAUUCAAAUGUCAAAACAGGUACAAAGCAAAGUAAUAAAAAAACCAAGAGUUGAAGAAGUGAAACCUGUCGAAGAAUUCAAACCAGUGCAAAAACCAACUGCUCCAAUUCCUAGACCUGUUGAAGAAAAGCCAUCAAAACAAAAAGAAGAGCCGGUACCUAUUGAAGUCGAUGACUCUCAAGACGUGAUCACAAGCAAGUCAUGGGCUGAGCUUUUGGAGGAUGAGUUUGAUGACUUUGAAGACGAAGUUAGUGCACCUCAAGCUCCAUUUGUAGUUAAAUUUGAGAAUCUUGAACCUGAAGAUCUUCCAGAAACAGAAGAUACUUGCAUUCCUGAAAAAGAGAAUCUGAUCGUUGAUGAAAAUCUUUCUAUUGAACGAUCUGUUGAUGGCUGUGAUGUUUCGGAACGAGAAGAAACUCUUCCAAUAGAACCAAUAAAGAACUUAGUUGUAAGGAAGGAAGAUACAACUGAUACAGUGACUUCUCCAAUCUUAGAAACCCAAGCAGCAAUUCCUAUUUCUGAAACAAGUAAAUUCAUUGAAAGUGAGAAGCAGCAUACAACGAUACCUCAAAUAAAAACUGAAUCGCUACCAGCCUCUGAAGAACAUGUAGUAAAAGAAAAGCUUGAAACAUCGAUUGGUGAAGGUGAACUUAAGCUAAAAGAAGAAAUGUUUGAAUCAACAAUUGACAAAUCACUACCAAGCAUGCUUUCACCCAUCGAUUCAGAUUACAGUAAUUUUAAUUUUUGGAAAAAUGCACCUGAAGAAAUAUCAGACCUUGAACCUGUUCCCAAAAAAGAACGAAAGGUAUCAUGGUCAACUAAUUUAAUUCAAGUUAUUACGGAGAAGAAUGAAGAUAACUCUAUUUAUGAUGAAACAUCAGCGGAAUCAACAAACAUAUCAUUGGAACUUCCAACUCUUACCGAAAACGUAGUAUCUGAUAUUUGUUCAUAUGAACCUGCUCUACAUAGUGAUGAACAAAACGUUGUCAAAAUUGUUCCUUCUUAUGAGGAGAAGACUAGUGAAACAACAAUUGUGAAAGAAAUUAAGGAAUUUGAAAGCAAUAAUAUUGAUACUUCAUUGGAAGACGAAAUGAUAGUAAAAACAGAGCCGGUUCAAACUGCCGCAACUUAUGAUUCUGAAAUAGAGAAAGAGAAGAAUGCUGAUGAAGAUGAAGUAAAAUCAAUUGGUGUUGCUGUAGGUAACACAGAACACUUAGUAAACCAAACAAUCACCCAAACUUCAUGGUCAGUAAUUUCAACAACUAGCGAAUUUACUAACAAUCAACAAACCAAAGUCGAAGAAGAUCGCAAGCCUAACAUCACAGAUGUCACAGAAGAAAAGAAAGUUGAUUCACCUGAAAUAAAACAGAAAGAAGUGGUUUCUGAAGUCGUCGUCGUUGAUAAAAACCCAACUGUUGAACUUGAGGAAUCAAUCACAGAACUUCAAACAACCGUUGAACCACAGAAGACUACUAAAAAUAAGUCGAAAAAGAAGAAGGCCACUGAUACUUCUGUAGAUAAGGAAGUUAUUCCCGUAGAAGAAAAGCCAGUUGAUGUAUCUGAACCUGAGAAAACAGACACCACUACCGAGCAAUCUUCCUGGUCAACUAUUGUCAAGACAACUACUACUGAAUUCAUUCCAACUGAACAACCGAAACGUACUGAAGUCGUUCUUGAAGAAGAACCAGUGGUAUCUGAACUCGUCGUUGAUGAAAAACCAACUGCUGAACUUGAGAAACCGAUAAUAGAACCUCAAACAAUUGUUGAACCACAGAAGGUAACUAAAAAUAAGUCGAAAAAGAAGAAGACCACUGAUACUUCUGUAGAUAAGGAAGUUAUUCCCGUAGAAGAAAAGCCAGUUGAUGUAUCUGAACCUGAAAAACAAGAAGCACCAGCCGAGCAAUCUUCAACUUCCUGGUCAACUAUUGUUAAGACUACCACUACUGAAUUUAUAUCUGCUGAACAAUCGCAUGUUCCACAGCCCACAAUUAGAAAGGAAACAAUUGUAUCUGAAUUCGUCGUUGAUGAAAAACCAACUCUUGAAGUUGAGGAACCGAUCACAGAACCUCAAACAAUUGUUGAACCACAGAAGCCAACUAAAAAUAAGUCGAAAAAGAAGAAGACCACUGAUACUUCUGUAGAUAAGGAAGUUAUUCCCGUAGAAGAAAAGCCAGUUUAUGUAUCUGAACCUGAAAAACCAGACACCACUACCGAGCAAUCUUCAACUUCCUGGUCAACUAUUGUUAAGACUACCACUACUGAAUUUAUAUCUGCUGAACAAUCGCAUGUUCCACAACCCACAAUUAGAAAGGAAACAAUUGUAUCUGAAUUCGUCGUUGAUGAAAAACCAACAGCUGAACUAAAGGAACCGAUAACAGAACCUCAAACAAUUGUUGAACCACAGAAGCCAACUAAAAAUAAGUCUAAGAAAAAGAAGACUUCUGAUUCAUCUGUAGAUAAGGAAGUUAUUCCCGUAGAAGAAAAGCCAGCUGAUGUAUCUGAACCUGAAAAACCAGACACCACUACCGAGCAAUCUUCCUGGUCAACUAUUGUCAGGACAACUACUACUGAAUUCAUUCCAACUGAACAACCGAAACGUACUGAAGUCGUUCUUGUAGAAGAACCAGUGGUAUCUGAACUCGUCGUUGAUGAAAAACCAACUGCUGAACUUAAGGAACCGAUAACAGAACCUAUAACAAUUGUUGAACCACAGAAGCCAACUAAAAAUAAGUCGAAAAAGAAGAAGACCACUGAUACUUCUGUAGAUAAGGAAGUUAUUCCCGUAGAAGAAAAGCUAGUUGAUGUAUCUGAACCUGAAAAACCAGACACCACUACCGAGCAAUCUUCAACUUCCUGGUCAACUAUUGUUAAGACUACCACUACUGAAUUUAUAUCUGCUGAACAAUCGCAUGUUCCACAACCCACAGUUAGAAAGGAAACAAUUGUAUCUGAAUUCGUCGUUGAUGAAAAACCAAAAGCUGAACUUAAGGAACCGAUAACAGAACCUCAAACAAUUGUUGAACCACAGAAGCCAACUAAAAAUAAGUCUAAGAAAAAGAAGACUACUGAUUCAUCUGUAGAUAAGGAAGUUAUUCCCGUAGAAGAAAAGCCAGUUGAUGUAUCUGAACCUGAAAAACAUGACGCACCUACUGAGCAAACUUCUACUUCCUGGUCAACUAUUGUUAAGACUACCACUACUGAAUUUAUAUCUGCUGAACAAUCGCAUGUUCCACAACCCACAAUUAGAAAGGAAACAAUUGUAUCUGAAUUCGUCGUUGAUGAAAAAUCAACAGCUGAACUUAAGGAACCGAUAACAGAACCUCAAACAAUUGUUCAACCACAGAAGCCAACUAAAAAUAAGUCUAAGAAAAAGAAGACUUCUGAUUCAUCCGUAGAUAAGGAAGUUAUUCCCGUAGAAGAAAAGCCAGUUGAUGUAUCUGAACCUGAAAAACCAGACACCACUACCGAGCAAUCUUCCUGGUCAACUAUUGUCAAGACAACUACUACUGAAUUCAUUCCAACUGAACAACCGAAAUGUACUGAAGUCGUUCUUGUAGAAGAACCAGUGGUUUCUGAACUCGUCGUUGAUGAAAAACCAACUGCUGAACUUGAGGAACCGAUAACAGAACCUAUAACAAUUGUUGAACCACAGAAGCCAACUAAAAAUAAGUCGAAAAAGAAGAAGACCACUGAUACUUCUGUAGAUAAGGAAGUUAUUCCCGUUGAAGAAAAGCCAGUUGAUGUAUCUGAACCUGAAAAACCAGACACCACUACCGAGCAAUCUUCCUGGUCAACUAUUGUCAAGACAACUACUACUGAAUUCAUUCCAACUGAACAAUCGAAACGUACUGAAGUCGUUCUUGUAGAAGAACCAGUGGUAUCUGAACUCGUCGUUGAUGAAAAACCAACUGCUGAACUUGAGGAACCGAUAACAGAACCUAUAACAAUUGUUGAACCACAAAAGCCAACUAAAAAUAAGUCGAAAAAGAAGAAGACCACUGAUACUUCUGUAGAUAAGGAAGUUAUUUCCGUAGAAGAAAAGCCAGUUGAUGUAUCUGAACCUGAAAAACCAGACACCACUACCGAGCAAUCUUCAACUUCCUGGUCAACUAUUGUUAAGACUACCACUACUGAAUUUAUAUCUGCUGAACAAUCGCAUGUUCCACAACCCACAAUUAGAAAGGAAACAAUUGUAUCUGAAUUCGUCGUUGAUGAAAAACCAAAAGCUGAACUUAAGGAACAGAUAACAGAACCUCAAACAAUUGUUGAACCACAGAAGCCAACUAAAAAUAAGUCUAAGAAAAAGAAGACUACUGAUUCAUCUGUAGAUAAGGAAGUUAUUCCCGUAGAAGAAAAGCCAGUUGAUGUAUCUGAACCUGAAAAACAUGACGCACCUACUGAGCAAACUUCUACUUCCUGGUCAACUAUUGUUAAGACUACCACUACUGAAUUUAUAUCUGCUGAACAAUCGCAUGUUCCACAACCCACAAUUAGAAAGGAAACAAUUGUAUCUGAAUUCGUCGUUGAUGAAAAAUCAACAGCUGAACUUAAGGAACCGAUAACAGAACCUCAAACAAUUGUUGAACCACAGAAGCCAACUAAAAAUAAGUCUAAGAAAAAGAAGACUUCUGAUUCAUCCGUUGAUAAGGAAGUUAUUCCCGUAGAAGAAAAGCCAGUUGAUGUAUCUGAACCUGAAAAACCAGACACCACUACCGAGCAAUCUUCCUGGUCAACUAUUGUCAAGACAACUACUACUGAAUCCAUUCCAACUGAACAACCGAAACGUACUGAAGUCGUUCUUGUAGAAGAACAAGUGGUUUCUGAACUCGUCGUUGAUGAAAAACCAACUGCUGAACUUGAGGAACCGAUAACAGAACCUAUAACAAUUGUUGAACCACAGAAGCCAACUAAAAAUAAGUCGAAAAAGAAGAAGACCACUGAUACUUCUGUAGAUAAGGAAGUUAUUCCCGUAGAAGAAAAGCCAGUUGAUGUAUCUGAACCUGAAAAACCAGACACCACUACCGAGCAAUCUUCCUGGUCAACUAUUGUCAAGACAACUACUACUGAAUUCAUUCCAUCUGAACAACCGAAACGUACUGAAGUCGUUCUUGUAGAAGAACCAGUGGUAUCUGAACUCGUCGUUGAUGAAAAACCAACUGCUGAACUUGAGGAACCGAUAACAGAACCUAUAACAAUUGUUGAACCACAGAAGCCAACUAAAAAUAAGUCGAAAAAGAAGAAGACCACUGAUACUUCUGUAGAAAAGGAAGUUAUUCCCGUAGAAGAAAAGUCAGUUGAUGUAUCUGAACCUGAAAAACAUGACUCACCUUCCCAGCAACCUUCAACUUCCUGGUCAACUAUUGUUAAGACUACCACUACUGAAUUUAUAUCUGCUGAUCAAUCGAAUAUUUCACAACCCACAAUUAGAAAGGAAACAGUUGUAACUGAAAUCGUCGUUGAUGAAAAACCAACAGCUGAACUUAAGGAACCGAUAACAGAACCUCAAACAAUUGUUGAACCACAGAAGCCACCUAAAAAUAAGUCUAAGAAAAAGAAGACUACUGAUUCAUCCGUAGAUAAGGAAGUUAUUCCCGUAGAAGAAAAGCCAGUUGAUGUAUCUGAACCUGAAAAACCAGACACCACUACCGAGCAAUCUUCAACUUCCUGGUCAACUAUUGUCAAGACAACUACUACUGAAUUCAUUCCAACUGCACAACCGAAACGUACUGAAGUCGUUCUUGUAGAAGAACCAGUGGUAUCUGAACUCGUCGUUGAUGAAAAACCAACUGCUGAACUUGAGGAACAGAUAACAGAACCUAUAACAAUUUUUGAGCCACAGAAGCCAACUAAAAAUAAGUCGAAAAAGAAGAAGGCCACUGAUACUUCUGUAGAUAAGGAAGUUAUUCCCGUAGAAGAAAAGCCAGUUGAUGUAUCUGAACCUGAAAAACAUGACGCACUUACUGAGCAAACUUCUACUUCCUGGUCAACUAUUGUUAAGACUAGCACUACUGAAUUUAUAUCUGCUGAACAAUCGCAUGUUCCACAACCCACAACUAGAAAGGAAACUAUUGUAUCUGAAUUCGUCGUUGAUGAAAAACCAACAGCUGAACUUAAGGAACCGAUAACAAAACCUCAAACAAUUUUUGAACCACAGAAGCCACCUAAAAAUAAGUCUAAGAAAAAGAAGACUACUGAUUCAUCCGUAGAUAAGGAAGUUAUUCCCGUAGAAGAAAAGCCAGUUGAUGUAUCUGAACCUGAAAAACCAGACACCACUACCGAGCAAUCUUCAACUUCCUGGUCAACUAUUGUUAAGACUACCACUACUGAAUUUAUAUCUGCUGAACAAUCGCAUGUUCCACAACCCACAAUUAGAAAGGAAACAAUUGUAUCUGAAUUCGUCGUUGAUGAAAAACCAACUCUUGAAGUUGAGGAACCGAUCACAGAACCUCAAACAAUUGUUGAACCACAGAAGCCAACUAAAAAUAAGUCGAAAAAGAAGAGGACCACUGAUACUUCUGUAGAGAAAGAAGUUAUUUCCGUAGAAGAAAAGCCAGUUGAUGUAUCUGAACCUGAAAAACCAGACACCACUACCGAGCAAUCUUCAACUUCCUGGUCAACUAUUGUUAAGACUUCCACUUCUGAAUUUAUAUCUGCUGAACAAUCGCAUGUUCCUCAACCCACAAUUAGAAAGGAAAAAAUUGUAUCUGAAUUCGUCGUUGAUGAAAAACGUACUUUUGAAGUUGAGAAAAUGAUCACAGAACCUCAUACAAUUGUUGAACCACAGAAGCCAACUAAAAAUAAGUCGAAAAAGAAGAAGACCACUGAUACUUCUGUAGAUAAGGAAGUUAUUCCCGUAGAAGAAAAGGCAGUUGAUGUAUCUGAACCUGAAAAACCAGACACCACUACCGAGCAAUCUUCAACUUCCUGGUCAACUAUUGUCAAGACUACUACUACUGAAUUCAUUCCAACCGAACAACCGAAACGUACUGAAGUCGUUCUUGUAGAAGAACCAGUGGUAUCUGAACUCGUCGUUGAUGAAAAAUCAACUGCUGAACUUGAGGAACCGAUAACAGAACCUCAAACAAUUGUUGAACCACAGAAACCAACUAAAAAUAAGUCUAAAAAGAAGAAGGCCACUGAUACUUCUGUAGAUAAGGAAGUUAUUCCCGUAGAAGAAAAGCCAGUUGCUGUAUCUGAACCUGAAAAACAAGACACUACCGAGCAAUCUUCAACUUCCUGGUCAACUAUUGUUAAGACUACCACUACUGAAUUUAUAUCUGCUGAACAAUCGCAUGUUCCACAACCCACAAUUAGAAAGGAAACAAUUGUAUCUGAAUUCGUCGUUGAUGAAAACCCCACUCUUGAAGUUGAGGAAACGAUCACAGAACCUCAAACAAUUGUUGAACCACAGAAGCCAACUAAAAAUAAGUCUAAGAAGAAGAAGGCCACUGAUACUUCUGUUGAUAAGGAAGUUAUUCCCGUAGAAGAAAAGCCAGUUGAUGUAUCCGAACCUGAAAAACCAGACACCACUACCGAGCAAUCUUCAACUUCCUGGUCAACUAUUGUCAAGACUACUACUACUGAAUUCAUUCCAACUGAACAACCGAAACGUACUGAAGUCGUUUUUGUAGAAGAACCAGUGGUAUCUGAACUCGUCGUUGAUGAAAAACCAACUGCUGAACUUAAGGAACCGAUAACAGAACCUCAAACAAUUGUUGAACCACAGAAGCCAACUAAAAAUAAGUCGAAAAAGAAGAAGACCACUGAUACUUCUAUAGAUAAGGAAGUUAUUCCCGUAGAAGAAAAGCCAGUUGAUGUAUCUGAACCUGAAAAACCAGACACCACUACCAAGCAAUCUUCAACUUCCUGGUCAACUAUUGUUAAGACUACCACUACUGAAUUUAUAUCUGCUGAACAAUCGCAUGUUCCACAACCCACAAUUAGAAAGGAAACAAUUGUAUCUGAAUUCGUCGUUGAUGAAAAACCAACUCUUGAAGUUGAGGAACCAAUCACAGAACCUCAUACAAUUGUUGAACCACAGAAGCCAACUAAAAAUAAGUCGAAAAAGAAGAAAACCACUGAUACUUCUGUAGAUAAGGAAGUUAUUCCCGUAGAAGAAAAGCCAGUUGAUGUAUCUGAACCUAAAAAACCAGACACCACUACCGAGCAAUCUUCCUGGUCAACUAUUGUCAAGACAACUACUACUGAAUUCAUUCCAACUGAACAACCGAAACGUACUGAAGUCGUUCUUGUAGAAGAACCAAUGGUAUCUGAACUCGUCGUUGAUGAAAAACCAACUGCUGAACUUGAGGAACCGAUAACAGAACCUCAAACAAUUGUUGAACCACAGAAACCAACUAAAAAUAAGUCUAAAAAGAAGAAGGCCACUGAUACUUCUGUAGAUAAGGAAGUUAUUCCCGUAGAAGAAAAGCCAGUUGCUGUAUCUGAACCUGAAAAACCAGACACUACCGAGCAAUCUUCAACUUCCUGGUCAACUAUUGUUAAGACUACCACUACUGAAUUUAUAUCUGCUGAACAAUCGCAUGUUCCACAACCCACAAUUAGAAAGGAAACAAUUGUAUCUGAAUUCGUCGUUGAUGAAAACCCCACUCUUGAAGUUGAGGAAACGAUCACAGAACCUCAAACAAUUGUUGAACCACAGAAGCCAACUAAAAAUAAGUCUAAGAAGAAGAAGGCCACUGAUACUUCUGUUGAUAAGGAAGUUAUUCCCGUAGAAGAAAAGCCAGUUGAUGUAUCUGAACCUGUAAAACCAGACACCACUACCGAGCAAUCUUCAACUUCCUGGUCAACUAUUGUCAAGACUACUACUGAAUUCAUUCCAACUGAACAACCGAAACGUACUGAAGUCGUUUUUGUAGAAGAACCAGUGGUAUCUGAACUCGUCGUUGAUGAAAAACCAACUGCUGAACUUGAGGAACAGAUAACAGAACCUAUAACAAUUGUUGAGCCACAGAAGCCAACUAAAAAUAAGUCGAAAAAGAAGAAGACCACUGAUACUUCUGUAGAUAAGGAAGUUAUUCCCGUAGAAGAAAAGCCAGUAGAUGUAUCUGACCCUGAAAAACCAGACACCACUACCGAGCAAUCUUCAACUUCCUGGUCAACUAUUGUUAAGACUACCACUACUGAAUUUAUAUCUGCUGAACAAUCGCAUGUUCCACAACCCACAAUUAGAAAGGAAACAAUUGUAUCUGAAUUCGUCGUUGAUGAAAAACCAACUCUUGAAGUUGAGGCACCGAUCACAGAACCUCAUACAAUUGUUGAACCACAGAAGCCAACUAAAAAUAAGUCGAAAAAGAAGAAGACCACUGAUACUUCUGUAGAUAAGGAAGUUAUUCCCGUAGAAGAAAAGCCAGUUGAUGUAUCUGAACCUAAAAAACAUGACGCACCUACUGAGCAAACUUCUACUUCCUGGUCAACUAUUGUUAAGACUACCACUACUGAAUUUAUAUCUGCUGAACAAUCGCAUGUUCCACAACCCACAACUAGAAAGGAAACAAUUGCAUCUGAAUUCGUCGUUGAUGAAAAACCAACAGCUGAACUUAAGGAACCGAUAACAGAACCUCAAACAAUUGUUGAACCACAGAAGCCAACUAAAAAUAAGUCGAAAAAGAAGAAGACCACUGAUACUUCUGUAGAUAAGGAAGUUAUUCUCGUAGAAGAAAAGCCAGUUGAUGUAUCUGAACCUGAAAAACCAGACACCACUACCGAGCAAUCUUCAACUUCCUGGUCAACUAUUGUUAAGACUACCACUACUGAAUUUAUAUCUGCUGAACAAUCGCAUGUUCCACAACCAACAAUUAGAAAGGAAACAAUUGUAUCUGAAUUCGUCGUUGAUGAAAAACCAACAGCUGAACUUAAGGAACCGAUAACAGAACCUCAAACAAUUGUUGAACCACAAAAGCCAACUAAAAAUAAGUCUAAGAAAAAGAAGACUACUGAUUCAUCCGAAGAUAAGGAAGUUAUUCCCGUAGAAGAAAAGCCAGUUGAUGUAUCUGAACCUGAAAAACCAGACACCACUACCCAGCAAUCUUCAACUUCCUGGUCAACUAUUGUCAAGACUACUACUACUGAAUUCAUUCCAACUGAACAACCGAAACGUACUGAAGUCGUUCUUGUAGAAGAACCAGUGGUAUCUGAACUCGUCGUUGAUGAAAAACCAACUGCUGAACUUAAGGAACCGAUAACAGAACCUCAAACAAUUGUUGAACCACAGAAGCCAACUAAAAAUAAUUCUAAGAAGAAGAAGACCACUGAUAUUUCUGUAGAUAAGGAAGUUAUUCCCGUAGAAGAAAAGCCAGUUGAUGUAUCUGAACCUGAAAAACAAGAAGCACCAGCCGAGCAAUCUUCAACUUCCUGGUCAACUAUUGUUAAGACUACUACUACUGAAUUCAUCUCUGCUGAACAAUCAAAACUUCCAGAACCAUCAGUUAAAUAUGAGUUAGAUGUAUCUGAAGUUCUCGUUGCUAAAAAACCAUCUGAACCUGAGGAACAAGAAACAGAAUCUGAAAUAUUUGAAACACAGAACUCUACUUCUGUAGAAGAGGAAGUUGUCCCCAUAGAAGAAAUUGAUACAAACUUCACUUCUUUAAAAACAACAUCUUGGUCAGAUAUGGUUGAUGAAGAAACUAUUGAAGAGGAAAAAUCAAAAGAAACUGUGAAACAGAUUGAAACUGUCAUCCGUGAACAAGAAAUUUCCAAGCCUAAAUCCAAAAAAAUGAAGCCAGUAUCGAUUGAUGAUUCUGUUUCUGAAACGGAUCAAAUGAAAUCAUGGAAACAUAAAUCCAAAAAGGAAAAAAUAGACACAUUGAAGAAAGAAGAAACUGAAGACCAAAAGCCGAUACAUGUCGAGAGGCCUGUAUCUAAAAAAGACACAAGUAGAACAAUAACUCCAGCUCCAAUUCCAGCACCUCAAUUAAUGUCUUGGUCAUCUAUUGUGCAACAAAAUAUUGAGAAACCAACAGUCAGUCAAAUUGAAAGAAAAGUGCAAGAAUCCAAACAAAUAAUCAAGGCACCAAAAGCUCCUGAAGAAUCACAACCUGAUUCUGUUAUUGUUAAACAAACCUCCGACUUUAUUUCUUCGGAACAAAAAGAAGUUUCCAAGUUUGAUGGAGGCAAGAACGUGUUUAGAGAAAGAUUCGAGACAAUUGAUGAAUUCGAUAAGUCGAAGGACUUACAUGUUAUAAGUGAAACAUCUGCUAAACAUAAACCAAAGGAUCAAAAGCCCAAGGAACAGAAACGAAAAAUGACACCAAAUGAAGUUAUUAAAUCUUCUCCUGCUCAACAAUUCGAAUCGCAUGAACAACUUGUUCCUAGUGGCUUAGAUAUUUCCUUGGCUCAAAGAAAUACAUAUUCAUUAUCUGUAUUAGUGAACCAAACUCACGAACUUAUUGAAAGUGAAAAACAAAAAGUACCGGAUAAGAUAAUUUCUUCAACAAUAACGCCUUCAAUAGAAGAAGUCGAUAUAACUAUUAAAGACCAUCUUGUAUCUGAGCCUGUGAUCAGCUUUGCUUCUCAGACGGAACAUCCUGAAGAAAACGAAGACAAACAUCCAAGUGAAAAAUCAGUCAGGCAUUCAGAAAAGCAUAAGCCUGAAAAUUGGAAGAGGGAGAAAAAGCCCAAGAAGUCGGAUACCGUUGAACUUGUUGCAUCAAAGGAAGACAUUCCAUCUAAAGAACCUAAUGAACAAACGAAACCAAACGUUUGGAAACUAAGUGAAACGUAUGCUGAAAUUGUAAGAAAAUCCGGAUCUGCUAGUGAGCCUUUCAUUAAUGAAACCCAAAUCAUACAACAUUCUGUCGCCCAUCGUUAUAGGGACGAAUCGAUCACACAAAAAGAUAUUGAGAAUAUUGAAGAGUUUGAAAACUCUGAACGUUUUGUAGACAUUUUAGAACCUGAAGUGGAAGUAUCAGAAAUUGUGACAAUUGAACCAAAAGAACCAGAACCUAAACUUGACGGUACCGUGAAAGUGCCUGAAAUAUCCAAUGUAGAAGUUGAAUAUUUGCAAGAAGUCGAAAGUACUGAUAAACCAGAAGAAGAAAUUUUGUCCUGGAAAGAGAUGAUGAAUGAAGAUGACGUCUCUGCCAAAUCAUGGGCAUCGAUUGUGAAAGACAACGCUGGUGAGCAGCAAUUUAAGAUGACUGUUGUAGUACCGGCGAUAAAAUCGGAAGAAGUAUCACAAAGAAAAUCAAGACCAUCAGUACGUCCAACAAUACAUGUUACUGAAGUUGCUGACUACAGUCAUGAAAUGGAACAACCGUUGGAUUCUGAAGGCUUCCUUGAGUGUAUUUCGAAAAAAGAAAAGCAUCGCAGAAGAUCCAGAUCGAGAUCGCAACAGCAAAAUUAUGAAGAGCAAGUACAUGAGACGGUACAAGAACCGGUUCAAGAGACAAAGUCAAAAUCAAAGAAAAAUAAGUCGAAGAAACCUGCUAAGAAAGAAGAUGAAGAAAGAACUUAUAAUCAGCCCAAAGUUGAAGCUGUCGUUUCAACUGAACCGGAGACAUCAACUUCUGAUAAAACAAUUCAGUUAUCGUGGUCUUCUGUUGUAAUGCAAGCUGAAGAAGAAGAAUUGGCACAAAAUGACUUUACCAGUCCAUUAGAAAUUAAAACAGAAGCUCUGAAACCUAAACAAAAGAUUCAAAAAACCAAAUUUCCUAAGGAUGAAGCUAGUGAAGACCGUUUACAAACUUCAAGUAUAAAACCUUCCAAAGAGAAGAAGAAAACCAAGAAACCAUCCAAAAUAAUUGAUCAAUUAGUUUCAGAAAAACUUAAACCUUCAGAACUCAAAACUCCGGAGAUUACAAAAGAAGAACCUGCCCUUCAUGAAACCGCUGCUUCACAACCAUCGAAAGUUACUGAUUUAGUACUUCUAGAUGAAAUUGAAACCUUGAAACUAAAAACAACUGACAUUCUUCAAGAAAAACACGUCUUAAGCGAAACAGCUCCAUCAAAGAUAGAUAAUACUGUGCUUCGAGAACAACAACAAACAACAGAAUUCAAAACGCCUGAAGUUGAAAAAGAAAAACCUGCUUUGCUUCCAACACCCGAACCAACCCCAUCAAAAAUAGUUGAGGAAAAACUUCAAACUAUAGAACUGAUAACUCCUGAGAUCAUUAAAGAAGAACUUGUAAUACGCGAAACAUCCGAAAUAAUGAUACCAUCAGCAACAAUUGAUGAAGUAUCUCAAGAACAACUUCUACCUUCAGAACACAAAACUACUGACAUAACUAAAGAAGAAGCUUCAGGUCUGCAUCUUGAAGAACAAAUACAAUCUUUUGAAGAAGAAUCUGUAACUAUUGAAACAGCUGAACAAACAACUGAAACUGUUACAAAACAGAUUCAACUAUUAGAAAAAGAAGAACUAACUCUUAAACAAGAGGAGAAUGAUUCAAGUAUAACACAUCAAACUCCUGAUACACUAGUCCUUGAGCCUGUAACCGAAAUAUUGCCUAUUGAUUCAUCACUUGAGGAAAAACAUUCAAGCAGUGAGGACAAACAGGACCAGCACUCUGAAAUAGUCGACAAUGAGAGUAUUGAACUUGUGACUUCUACUGAAAAGCCGUUUACAGAACCGGAAAAAUUACCCAUCAUAUUAGCCGAAAACACAAACAAAGACAUUUUGACUGUGGAAUCUACAUUAGAAGAAGUAAUUGAUAAAAUUGAUCAGACCUCAUCAAAACCAGAAGAUACAGUAUCUAUUGAAACAUCUUCGUUAGAUAUGACCACUAUGCCAGCAGAUAAGUUUGAUGCUGAAGUUUUGUUCACCGACAACUCAACAAGAGUCAUUAUUACUAAAACCACAAGAUUUGAAACUCCCGUACAAAAAACGAAGUUAGAACAAGAAUCCCUUGUUUCGGCUGAACCAAUAUCUUUAGAAGAACCACAUACUUCAACAACAAAUAUCUCAGAAGUAACACAGAUCCCAUCUAAAACUGAAAAGAUUUCAAAGGAAAUGCCACAACACUUGCUCCCAAGUAAGGAUGAUUCACAAGAUUUAGUUGAAGCAGCUGACAAACGUGAUGCAUCCACGAAACCAAUUGAAAAACCUAAUGAAAGUAACGUAUUUGAAUCAUUUUCAAAUAUACCAAUUGACAAAAAUCAAUACGCCCAUACUUCGAUAACUAACGUACCUGAAAACACCUGGUCAACUACCAUUAGCUACAUCACAGAAUCUAAGGUAUCAGAACCUUAUACACCAGAUAUAGAUUCUGAUACAAAUGCGAAUGCUUCAACAUUUUCAACAACAACAUCUGAAAAUAUUCCACAAUUUUGGUCAGCAACUGUUCAUUCUUCAAACGAGUCCAACAUCAUAACAACUCCAGAACUAUCAAACGAAAGUGAUGCUCUUAAGAAAAUCACUGAAGCAAUUGCUAGAACAACUGAAAUCUUACAAAAACCAGUGAAUGAAGUUGAAAUUGAUUCUUCACCAAAAGUAAAAACCCAACCAAAGGAUUUGAAUAUCCUUGACUGGCAUCUUCAAAAUGAGUCAUUAGUUUUAGAUAGUUCAGAAAUUAGUUUCAUAGCUGAUAAUGAAAAUAGGGAAAACACUAAACACAUUCCUGUAGAACCUACACAAAACAUUGAAUCAAAAUCUGACGAAAUUCUGUAUAACCUUAACCGUGACUCUUUCCGCAUGAAUAUUACUUCUCCGGCAGUGUUUGAAGCUGGAUGGGUCUUAUUCCUGCAAAAACAAAGUGUGCCUUCUCAGGCCACAAAGACUGACAUUUCUGAACAAACAAUUAAGACUGAUAUUGUGAAUGUUGACACACAAGAAGUUUCUAACUUUGAACAAGAAAAAGACGCAAAAGCACGACUUUGUCAAAACUUGUAUUUCGAUAAUCUAGUUAGUACAGUACGUUCUCGAUUUACCGAACACGAAGAAGAGUGUCGUGUCCGACUAGUCAGCGAUUCUGAGCUAAACAAAGAUAAGGUAGACGAAGACAAUAACGAAGACGAAGACGAGGACGAAGAAAUUCAAGACCAAACACCUGCCAUUGACAUCACAAAGAAAAAAUCUGACAAAGAUGACGAUGAUGAUCGUAGCCCUGGAAGCAGUGGUUCAAGCGGCACUGUAACACCAACCUCUAAGACUCAAACAAGUAUGAGCUGCGCUUCACAAAGUAUGUCAGCCGAUCUGCCAGGUGGUAUUGCAAAUUGGCGCGAUCAAAGUACUUAUAUUGCCUUAGAAGACAAUAAACCAGAUAACUCAGAAAUAACAAUUUCCACAACUGAAAACAAAAACAUAUCCACUACCCUCAUUCCCAAAGAACUCCCAAUUCCCGCACCCACAGAUCUUCCAAUUCCCGUGUCUAACCUUAAAAUCACAGCAAAAAUAACGUCCGAUGUGAUAGAAACUGCAACCAAAAGUGUGGAGCAAUUAACAAUUCUGCCCAGCACUAAACUAACUCCAAUUGUUGUUGCCGCUGCAAGCUCGCCCACAAUCACUACAACCACUAAAACAGAAACAGUCUUACCCGAAAGUAUGCUCCCAGAGCACACAAUCACUACAAAAACUACUACAACGACAACUACAACCACCGAUGAGCUUAUAGCGCCUGAAAUUGCUUCGAGAACGAAACCUUCAAUUGUCAAAAGGACGACAAAGACAACGACCACUACUGUGACUGCACCUCCUGGCGAGCAUUCCACAUCUACAGCGGCGGCGGUCUUAGAAAACAAAGAUGUCGUUCUCGAGUACAGCCAUCAACAGAAGGAGAUAAUUUCACAAGAAAUUGAUGAACUUCUUCAGUCACUAUCUACCAUUGAAGAUGGAAUUGGCAAUUUGCCAAACACAAGCCUUGAAAAUAUGGCACAUAGCUUAAAGCUUAUUCUACAAAACCUUAAUUCGUAUAUGGAAGAAGUUGAACGUAUUAAAGAGGUCAGCAAAACAUUCCCAACAGAUCCCCAAACGGACCGAAUUCUAAAUGAAAUUAGGGAUCGUAUUGAUUUCCUAACACUUAGGUCACAACAAGGAAUAACUAUGAUAGAGAGCGCACUACAAGAACAACAAAAGCGUAAACAAGAACUUGAAAACUACCAACGCCACCUAUCUGAAGUUGAAAACUGGUGCGGAAGUGCUUUCACUGAAACGCAGAAUAUUGCCAGUAUUCCAAUUGAAGAUCAAAUUCCAGCUCUCCAAAGUUUGCUAAGAAAUCUGAAAGAAAAAGAAUCUUCAUUACUUCAAAUUCUACUAAGUUCAAAAGACUUGCAACAGCACAAUGAUAUAUCGGAAUUGGCUACCGUUCUUUCUGAACAGCUAACUUUAUUGAUAACAACCAUUCGAGAACAGAUAACUGUGAUAACAACACGAAUAACUGUUAUCGAAACUCAAAUCUUUGAAGAGAAGAAGAUUAGAGAAGAAAAGAAGAAGAGAGAUGAAGAAGAAGAGAUUAAUAGGAAGAAGAGGGAAGAAGAAGAAGAAAAUAAUAGGAAGAAGAGGGAAGAAGAAGAAGAAGAAGAAGAAGAAGAAAAGAAAAUCAAAGAAAUAGAAGAAGAAAAACUGAAAAAUCGAAUAGUCGUUAAAGAAGUGUCGAUAGUUCAAAAAGAAUCUCCCAAGACUUCAGAACCUGUUCAAGAAGAAGUAGUUCCAAUUGUGCAACAGUCAGAAGAUACUCCACUAGGUUCCCUUGUCGAUGAAAACACAAUUGAUUCUACCUCUAUGCCUGAAGAAGAAAUUAAACCUGCCUUGGUAGAUCAAUUUGAAGUUGAAACACAAACAUCAUUUAGUUUCGUGCAACCAGUUGAAGUUGUUGCUCAAACUGAAGUUGAUGUACAAACCAGUUUCCCAUUGAUUGAAACUGUUGAAACAGUUGAAACAUCAAUGCAAACCCAAAAAGAGCGAAAACCUACUGAAAAUAUUUUCGUUACUCAAAAAGUUCUGGGAAAUAGAGAAACUAUCCAAAUCGACACUCGUCCAAAUCAAGAAAUUCCAGACAAACCUGAUGAUAUAUUUGUUGAAGCUAGGUUCCAUCAAAAACCACAACACGACGUUGAUCGUGCUACAGAGCUUGUUAUGCAAAAUGUCCCUGAAUCGUUCGAAACAACUUUCGUUCAACCCGAUGAAACAACUACCGAAGUUGUUAUCGGUCCUGAUGGAACAAAACAAAUUAUUGUUAAGAAACUCAUAAGAACUAUCCACAGGACGCAAACUACUUCAACUACAGGAGAGUCUCCUAACACUGCUGAAAACAUUCAAGUGAUUUCAACAACACCAGAAAGUGGUGAUGAUAAGAAAGCAUUGAUGAUCUUGUCUGAAGGCAUACCUCAGAUUGAUCCAGAACAAGCUCAAUUUGCACCUUUCACUGCCACUGAAUCUUCUAGUGUUCGUGCAGUAGUCCAACAGGUUACACGCAAGGUUAUACGCAAAACUCGAAGAGUAGUUAAGCGUAUUGUGACAAUAGAUGGUAAAGAAUGUGUCACAGAAGAGGUAAUUGAAGAACCGGAAGAAGUCGAAGUUACUCAAGAAGAACUACCACCCCAAGUUCAAGUACGAAUCGUCCGUACAGUCAACGGACAGGUUGUAACUGAAGAAGAAUUUGAACGUUUUAAGCAACAACCAGGUGUUGUGAUUGAAGAGCAAGCUCCAAGCACAUCACCAACCAUGGUAACAUCACAGGUAUUUGAAUUAGACCAAGCACCAGUAGAAUUGAAAACUUUUGAUACAGCACCAAUAGUAGAGAUGAUAAGUGAAAUACCUAGUAUCACUAAUGUUACAGAAAGAAAAUCAGAAAGUUCAGUAGAAAUACCAGCCCAGGUAGAAGCAACACUUCCAUCAGUUGAUAAGUCUACCGUCGAGAAACCUCAACAGCAAAUACAACCUGUUGUUGAAAACAUCACCGAAAUAUGGCCAAUUGAACAUCAUUUGAUAUCAACAUCUAUUGAAUUUUCUCAUCGGGAUGAACCAGUCCACGAUAUUGUGGAAUUAGAAGAAGAAGAAGAAAAAUUAGACUUACCUGUGGAAGGUGUUGUUCAAAUUGAAGAAAUUUGGCCAAUAAAUGAAUUGACUGGGCAUUCUAUCGUUUUAGAUUCAAGUAAAUCAUCAAAAUCUAUUGAUGAACCAAAACGACCAGUCGUAGAAAUUGAAAAAUCCCAGCAAGACGUAAAAUCCAUUGAAUCUGAUAAGCCCAGCGUUGAAAAACCUCAUGUUACAGAAAUUCAGAGCUCUUCAGAAGUGGAACAACCUAAAUCAACUCCAAUUACAGAACCUGAAAAUAUAUUUGAACCUCCAGAAAUUCCUAUUGAUUUACCAAAGGAAGAACUCCAAAUGGUAAUACCGGUCAAGAUCGAUGAUACUUCGAUUUGUGACACUACACAAUUAUUCAUAUCGACAGAGGCUGCUUACAGCAAUGAGCCUGUUAUUCAGCAAAGUCACAAGCUUGAAGAGCAAAAACCUGAGACUCAAAAACCAGAUGUUGAUGCUGAAGUAGUAAAAGAGGUCACUUCACUGAAAGAACCAGAAUUGGAGCCACAAGAACUUCUAGUUACAGAAUUGAUUUCAGAGCCUAAAGAAGUUACUGAUACAUUGCCAUUAAAAUCACAACAAGCUGAUCAGGCUGAUGUUGACACUCAUCAAACUACAAUUAUAACAAUUUCAGGAGUUAUUACUACGAGAAAAGAUGAACAAAUAGACAAAACAAAGAUAUCAACAGAUGUGGUGACUACAUCUACAACUACAGAUGUGAAAGUUCAAGAAAUUACACCAGUUAUUGUUGAUACAGUUUCUAUCCAGGAUGCACUCAUCGACGAAACAAAGUCGCUUAAACUUCAAAACGUUCCAAAAACAAACGUGGAACUUCAACAAACCACACAAAUGUUUAUUGCUGGAGAAUCAAUGCCAUCGGAAUCACCCCGAAAAUCAAUAAAAAUGACAGCACCCAGCUUAGACAACACCGGUGAAAGCUUCCUCAAGCUUGGAAUGAGCGUAACUGAUACGUCAAUUCCAUCGCCAAAAAUCAAUUUGAGCAUCAUCGAAACAAGUGUAACAGAAACCGAUGUUGGAGAACCGUCUUGCAGUGAUUCUAUGGAUGGCAAGCGAAAUCGAAAGAAAAAGAAAAGAAAAGACAAGGAGCUUUCUGAAAAAAUUCAAGCAGAACCAGUGUUGGAACCAGAGGUGAAACCUGAAUUGGAACCACAAGUUGAACCAGAGGUAAAACCAGAAAUUGAAGAAGAAACUAAAUUAUCUGUGAAACCUGAAGAAGAAGAAAAGCCAUUGUCCGCCUCUGAAAUAGAAACAAAUCAAGAAAUUGGUUAUGAAGAAGAAGAUUUUACUAUUAGCAAAGACGACAAGGUUCCCAAAGAGGAUAGUAAAAAGAGACGUAAAAAGAAGAAGAAGCAAUCUCUUAAAGUUCAAGAGGAUGAAGACUCCUAUAUCCCUCAAUCUUCUGAAGAAGGCAGUGAUGCAAAGUCUGUAAGCAUUGAAUCGGAAGGUAAAAUUUUAAUUGAAACCAUUGAAAAUAUUAGCCCUGAUAGUGAAGUAUCCAUUAUCAGUGAAGAAAAAUUAGUUAAAAUUAUUGAAGAAUCAGUAAUUUCUCCAAAUUCGGACUCUCCACGUCAAUACGGGGCAUCUGUAGUUAUUCCAACAGAAGUAAUUGAAGUUACUUAUGUUAAAGACGAUGAGCAACAAACAAGUCCUAGAGAAGAAACUGCCAAACCUGAAGAAAUCCCCGAACAGAAAACAAAUGAAACAACCGAAGUGAAGUCUUCACAAACUUCACCCAUCCAUCGUGUUGUAGUUGAUCUUGCACAACAAACAAGUAUUGAACCAGCAAUCGAUGUUCAAGAAGCUGAAUCUCAAACUUUCAUUGUUGAGUUAGUUGAAAAUGAAGCUCAAACUUCUGCUCCGAAAGAAGAAGAGCAUGUUCCUACAAACGUAAUAAAAACAUGUUCAGAAGAGGUACAAACUGAUGAAUUAGUAACACCUGCAGAAACUGCUGAGAUCUCAAGCCAAACUCAUGUCAUAACAACAACUGAAAAAGAACUUCAGACAACCCCACGAGAAUCACCAAAACACAUAGCUAAGCCGGAAGAGAGAUUUGAAGCAUCUGAAAUAGUUAUUCCCGUAUUGGAUGAUAUUGUUUCAGAGUUACGUCUUCCUGCACAGAAGAUUCCAUCCCAAGACCAAGCAGUUCUUACAGAUAGCCCACUAACCGCCGAAACUUCCAUGCAAACAGUUGAAAUUGAAACAGUACAUGAUAAAACUGUAGAGACAAGAGACACUGCAUCUUCUCCAACCCAACAAGAACUUGUAGAAACUUUUGAGGCCUCAAUUCAAACAAGUCCUCUGGAACCUGCCACUGAAGUUGAAGAUUCUUCAAUAACCGUUUCGUCGACUUCAGAGCCUUAUAAUGUUGAAGUGCAUACAAAAGUUGCUGUGCCAGCUGAUACUGACGCUUCAGAAGCUGAACCUGUGCUCUAUGAAUACAAACAGACAUUAGAGUUGCCUAAAAAGCCCAAAAACAAGAGUGACUCAAAUGUGGCCGACAGCACAGUCCCUGAAGUUAACAUAAGCUUUGAGAUUGCUAACAAUGGCGUCUCUGAGCACGAAGUUGUUGUAUCAUCUGUUCAAAUUCAACCUGAUUCAGAUGAUGCCAAGAGACCGAAAUUGCAAAUAAUAUCUACCGAUGAUGCUCCCGAAGAUUUAGCUGAACCUGAUCAACCUCAUGAACAAGACAAGAUUACUGUAACAAAACAAGUGCGAUCUCGUCCUACGUCAUUGGUUAUGAUUGAAGAAGUUAUGUCUCCCACUGAAGUCAUAGAUGUUCCAAUUACACCUGGACCCGAUAUUGAAACCGAAGACUCAAAUAUGUGGUCGGCAGCAACAAGUUCAAUUGUUAUCCAAACUCCCAAAGAAGCAACACAGCAAAUGCUUAUGUCGGAAAGUCUAAUUCACUAUCCCGGCCAAAAGACAACCACAAUUUGGACUGAAACUAAAGAUGCAAUCGGUGACAGAAUUCGGCAUUUGAAGGAAUGUCCUUUCAAACAGCAAACUCCUUUGAGUAACGUCUUGCACUUGGCUACUCUAAGUGAGCAUGUGAAAGAUGAACCUGUCGAAAAUCGGGUAAAGGAAGUUAACGAUUGUUUAGAAGCAUUGGAACAUGUUAUUGAACAAGCCGAUACCACAGUAAUACAAACAACUGUCAUAACUAUAAUUGAAAAGGUUUCAACUUGGCUAGAAACUAUUGAGUACAGAGUGUAUCUAAUUCGCCAACAAUCAAAUGAAGGACCGAGCGAAGAGAAAGUUGAUGGUUACAAUCAACUCGACAAUGAACUUAGCUCAAUUAAGCAGAGCGUCAAUGUCCUUGAAACUAAAGUCGGUAAAGCUACAGCUGUGGUAGAUCCUGAAUCGCAGAGUCAGAUUUUACAAUGUGUCGAAACACUCAAAGAGCAUGUAGUAGCCGUUGAAGAUGUAACAAAGAAUAACCAAGAACAAGACAUUAAAGAUCUUGAAAAGUGGAAUUCGUUCCAAGUUCAAGUCCAUCAAAUGACUACGUUGUUGGAAAGUCUUCAGGAGAGUUUUGAAACAACAGUUUCCGAGGAUACAACUCCAGCUGUUAGACUUGCAAGAUUGGAUGAUCUCGAAAACCAAAACAUUGAUACACUUAAUCAAGUUUCUCAGUUAAUUAACUCAGCACGAUCUUUCCAGAGAGAUUUCCCGAAUAAACAAGUUCCACAGGAAGUCUACACUUCAUUUGAAGUAGCGAAAAAUCUCGAAAAUAAUAUCAUACAAGAAAGAGAUCGUCUUUUGCAGUUGCAGCUUUUAGCUGAAGACUAUGAAGAAACUCUUAAGGAAUUUGCCAAGAUUACAGUAUUAGCCAAUAAACUUGUCGAAAACCCAAUUGUAGCAAGUAACUUGGAUCAGCUGAACAUCGAAGUUCAAAAUCAUAGGAAAUUCUUUGUGAACUUGAGCCACUGUCGGGCAAUUCUGGAAUCUCUUGAAGAAAAUAUAGAUUCAGAAACAAGACAGAAACAUUAUGAGAUGCAUAAGGAGCUGUAUGACCGAGCAACGGUUCUGCUGGAGAAAGCCUCUGAUCGAGCCUCUAAAUUGGCACAAGCUGCUUCCCGUUGGACCGUUCUGGAAAAGGGUAUGAAAGAUGAAAGGCAAUGGCUUCAGGUAGCAACGCAACGAGUUCCUGACCUGUCUACAGUUACUUCAGCUGACUUUGAUCAAUAUACCACUUUGUACCAGUCGCUGAACACUGACAUAUCUCAUCAUUACGUUAAAAUGACGCAGCUUUCUAACAUCUCUAACAAACUACAAGAUCUAGUUCAGUCACCUAAUUUGGUUGAAGAGAGCAAUGAAGGUCUAAUAGUUCUCCUAAAACUGCGUGAAGAAGUUGCAACUUAUUUGCAUCGUCUGCUAAUAUUCAAGGAAAUUUGGACGCAAUACGAAAACCAAACAGAAAAGAUGGAAACAUUCGUCCGAGAUGCAGAAAAGGAGCUAAGUCAAAUUCACAUCCCAGACGAUCCACGAGAACAUCCCAUUGAGCAUAUGCGUCAGUUCUGGGAAGUGAAGGCCUACUUCGAAAUGCACAAUAAUAUCCGAAACGAUGCAGGUGCGACAUUUGAAAAAGCACUUGUGGUCAUUCCUUUGGCUGACGAAAUGCUUCAAAGACAAUUCCAUGCCCAACUUGAAGACCGUUGGCGAGGAGUUUCUGACAGAAUCGAGGGUAUCCAAAGUGCCAUCAUCAAUAGUAUGUCUUCCGAGGAUGUGCCAGAAGAGGAUAGACUUAAAUUGCUUGAGCGAGAACUACAAGAAAUCUAUCUUACCAUGACCAGUAUCAAAGGAGUUAUAAAAAGCGAAGAAGAACUAAGCUUAUACAUUGAACGUAUACAAGUUUUAAAUACUCGAGUUGGUUUCAUUGGCAAUGAACUGGGACGCAUUGGCUUACAGUCAUCUACUGAACCUGAAAAAAUUGGACAGCUAUUUUCACUUUCACACAAAAUAACAACUCAAAUAAGUGAAGAACUUGAAGGUGCCACAAUUCUCAAGGAACGACUUUUAUCCAUCCAAGAAGGCAUCAAUAAUUUGCGAAAGAAUCAAUCAAAAUUGUCAGUAAUUUUGGAUGAAUGCGAAAAUGCUGAAAAGUUAGGAAGCGACGCGAUAGAAAAAGCUGUAUUUGAUUGUCAAGCUGUCGGAGAAGAUCUUAUAUCGAAUUGGCAAGAAAUAAUGCGUUUGCGACAACUUUUGCAUACGCUUCCAAUGCAGUUGAAGAUGUCAGUUUCACCUAUUAAGCUGGAACGAGAAAUAUCUUUGCUGCAAGAUGAACAUUCAUUCUUGGAAUCAAGGUGUGCUAAUAUUAUGACAAUUUUGAAGAAUCGGUUAUCCUUGUGGUUGCGUUAUGAAAGGCAACUAGAUCUUGUGCGAAAUUCUGUACAGGAAACUGAAUUUAUGAUUGAACUACUGAAGGUUCAUGGACAAGUCGAUUAUGAACGGCUAAAGAAAGCUACAGAACGUCUUGAGGGACUUUCCGAUGACCUACAAAAUCGCGAAGAAUUAUUGGGAGAUUUAAAGACGACUGCCAAGCCUCUUAUCGAAACUUGUGAUGGCCAAAUUGUAGAACAAAUCGAAGCAGCCGUCCAAGAAGCAGUUAUCGCAUGGAAUGACACAUCUGGUAAUCUUCUGGACCUUUGUACACGAUAUCAACGAGCUGUUCAACUUUGGGAAAAGUAUAGGAAAGCUUCGGACGUUGUGAAGACUUACAUCCAGCAAGAAAUGGACAGUGUAAAGGCCUUGGAACAACCCUCGGAUUUGAAGCAACAUGCCAAGGUAUCCCAAGAAAGUUUAGUUAAUCAAAAUGAUAAAUUGAAUGAACUUCGAGAGAUGGUUUCGCGUAUAUCAGCUGAUGUUGGAUUGGAUAUAUCGAAUUUAUUGCAAGGUGAAUUGGACGCUUUGGGUCAAAAAUUACAAGAAGUCAAAGAAAGUAUCACAACUUUGGCGAAUGUUGCCGAAACAAAAGAUUUGGAGAGGAAGGGAAUUGAUGAAAAUAUAAUUCAAGCCCGCACUUAUCUGAAUAAUGUUCAACAGGACAUGUCACGUUCUCCAACAAAUCCAAAAGAAACCGAAGAUCAAUUAAUUGCCUUACGAAAUCACCUCCAAACCCUCACCAAGACCGAAGAACAGUUGAAACAAAUUCAGGAUAAGAAUAUCGACAACAACAACACUUCCGAUGCAUCGAUAAUCGAAGUCCUAGAAUUAUGGCAACGUGUUUUCCAAGAGACAUUCCAAGAAUAUCAUCGUCUCUCCUCGCGACUAGUUCGAAGUCAAAAUAGUACAGAAGCUCUUAAGCUCUGGCGUCAAUAUCUCCAGCAUGUUCAAUCGUUUUUGUCAUGUUCCAUUCCCGACGACUACAAUAGCUUAAGCGAACAACGCCAUCUGUGUGAAAUUCAUCAAAACUUGCUUAUAAGCCAACAAUCUGUCCAAUCGAUUCAUACUGAAUCGAAUAAAAACGAUGACCCCUCCAAUGUGGAACAAUUCAAAGUCCUGACAAAUAUACACAAUGAAACUCUUUCGAGAAUUAACCAACGAAAUAGUGAAAUUGAAACCAGGAUGAAUGCAUGGAAUGUAUACCGCCUGGAGUUGAAUGCACUCUUUGAAUGGUUAAAAGAAAGAGAAAAGGAAAGAUCAAUGUUACAAUUGAGAUAUAUUCAUCUGAAGAGAGUUCCAAGGCUAAAACAGAAAAUUAGUGAACUCAUCAAUGUGAUUCCUGAGGGUGAGAAAAUGGCUGAAAAGCUAAAAGAUCAGCAGAAACUUCUGUUAGCCUUUAGCGAUGAUGCCUUGGCCACAUCCAUUCGAAUGGAACAUGCCUCAGUCAAUCAAAGAAUUCAAAACCUACGAGCUGCCCUUGAAACUUGGAAUAACUUCUUGCUAAAAAUAAGUUCACUUUCAGAAAGUUUCGAAACUAAAGUUAACCAUUUGAGGACAGAGUUUGCAAAUGGCCAGAAUUUAGUUGAAGAAACAACCAAUAACUUGCCAAGUGACCCGAAUAGAAUUUACGAAAGAUUGAAUGUCUUGAGAAAUCAAAGAAUUCACAUUGCAAGUCUUAUCCAAGAACUUGAAAGCCUAAACGUCCAUCAAGAGGAAUUGAAAGAGUGCAUAAGUCCGCAUGAUAUGAAGUCCAUUCGACAAACUAUCUGGAUUCUAUGGCAACAACAUGGUGAUUUAGAUUAUCAGCUGUCAAAUUUGAUAAACACAAUCGAGGACAGACUGUCAUUACUUUCAAUUUUCAAUACCCGCUAUGAUCGAAUCUUCACUUGGAUAAAUGAACUUGAAAAACGAAUCGAAAAGGAUUCCGAUAUGGGUAUGAUGCAAAGUCCUGAAGAAGCUGCCAAAAAUCUCGAGAAACAAAUCCAGUCUGAGCUUCAGCUGCGCGAGAAAGACCGUGAGUGGUUAUUGUCAACAAGCAGAGAGUUACUCUCUUUGUACAAUGAAGGACCCGAUGCGGAAACAAUACGCGCUGAUGUUCAACAAAAGUCUGAUAUUAUCAUUGACAGCUGGGAAAGACUAAAAUAUCUAUGUAAGCAGCGAUCAAAUAAAAUAUCAGAUCUCAAGACUACACUGAUGCGACUGGAUGAAAGAAUAGCCUUAAUUCGUCAAUGGAUGCUGGAAAUCGAAACCAAGCUUGCUGAAACAAUAGUUUUUGGCUCACACAUGCCUCCGCAAAUGGAAACAAAACUAAGCGAACAUGAUGUCAUUCAACGUUCUAUAGAGAAUCAAAGCAGUAAUGUAGGAGAAGUUCUUAAUCUUGCCGAAGUUCUGCUAAGUGACUCGGAUACUUGGAAAGUCCAUUUCAAUAUGAAUAACCUCCAAUCUAAUGUAGACAAUCUUGAAAAACGCUGGAAAAAUGUUUGCAAACAUUCGACAGAAAGAAAAGCAAAGAUUAUCAGAGUCUGGAACCUGCUACAACAUCUUGUCAAGCUUACCACCGACAAUAAACCUUGGGUUAGUAAACAAGAAGCCGACAUAGCAAGCUUAGAAAAAGACUUGAAUUCGCUCUCAAGAGAUGAAAUUUCUCAAAGGCAAAAGAGUGUCGAAGAAAUUAUCUCAAUUAUCAAAUCCAACAAUAGCAAGCUUCUGGAACUAGAGCAAAACUAUGCCAAAGUCGUAACAGAACAAGGAAUCGACCUUGAAAACAUGCAAAAACUGACAAUGCCUACAAAAGUCUUAAUCACCAAAUGGAAAGCAUUGCUCCCAAGAUGCUUUGCUAUUUUGGAUACAAUAAACAAGGAGGCGAAAGUUCACAGAGAUUUUAUGACUGCCCACGAUAAAGUCGUUUCCAUUCUUACCGACAUUAAUUCCCAGAUUGAAGAUGUUGAGAAGUCUGAUCCUCAAACAAGUUUGAAAAAUCUUGAACGCUUGGAAAGGAGUUUGCAACAAUCUUCAGAUGUCUUGAAGCAAGCUGAUGUUCUUGGAGAUCAAGCUAAAAAGGUUAAACAAUCAAAUGCAACAACGAUUACUGAGUUGAUAAUGGAGUACACAACACUCUGGCAACAAAUUCAAUUACGAAUCACAAAAGUCAAGACAAAUCUUUUAACCAAAGUGUCUGAAGCUCCAAUCAAAGCUGCAAGACUUAUGGAAAGCGAUGCAAGUGUUCAAGUUGAUAAUCUAUCAAAGAAGAAACAACUUCAUCGCAUGACUUCAAUAACACCCAAAGAUGCCUACAUCAUGGAACUCGAGACAGCAAUCGUAGAGUGUAAGAGUAACUUGGAUGAACUUCAACUAGCCAUAACGGACAAGACUCGCAAGCCUGGUCCUCAACGAAUCUCAAAACUAAUGGCCAAUGCCCAGUCGUCUUCAGAACUUAUGAAGCAUUUGAGCACAAUUCUUAUAACAGAAUGUUCGGCCAGUAAUAAUGAAGCGUGCACCGAGAUGGUCAACGAAUUGAUACUGCGAUUUGAGACCUUACAAUCUCAAUGGAAGGCACGUCAACAACACGAAGAAAGCGCAAGGUCUAAUAUUCCUGCCACUUAUAAUCUCACAUGUCCACAUGAUGUUGGCCGUUUAACAUGCCCUCUUUGUACACAACGCAACUGGCAACAAAUCGAUAAUGACUUAUGGCGACUUGAACAAUGGUUACAAUUUGCCGAAAACACACAACGUUCACAAACAUCACCGCCAAGUAAUAUUGAAGUUCUAGAAGAUGUCGUUCAGGAUCAUCGAGAAUUCCUGCUCGAUCUAGAAAGUCACAAAAUAAUUAUAACAUCAUUAAAUGUUGUGGGUGAUCAUUUGGCCACUCAUACAUUAGACACGGACAAGGCUCAGCAAUUGAGAGCAAGACUGGAUAGUGACAAUAGCCGUUGGAAUACAGUUUGUAUUAAUGCAACAAAAUGGCAAAGUCUAUUGCAAACAGAAUUGAUGGGUAACAGUGAGUUCCAUCAAAUCAUUGAUGAGCUCUGUACUUGGCUUCAGCAGACUGAACAAAAUAUUAAAGCUUCUGAACCUGUGGAUUUGACUGAAGAUCGUAAAGUAUUGGAAGCGAAAUUCCGAAAAUUCAAAGAACUGCGCGCAGAAUUAGAACGUUGUGAGCCUAGAGUUGUUAGCCUGCAAGAUGCUGCUGAUCAAUUACUGAAAGCAGUCGAUGAUAGUGAAACUUCAUCGCUCACUUAUACAAGAACUCUUUCUAGGUUAACUGACCUAAGGCUGCGUUUGCAAUCAUUGCGCAGACUAUCUGGAAUUUACAUAGUCAAACUGGGCGCAGUACUUGGCUACGAUGGAGAAAAUCUCGGAGUAUCAUUGCAUAUGCUUUCAAAUGAACUUCUGGAACAAUCUGAAUCAAGGAUUCAACCUUCUUCUUCUUCUAUUAUGACAUCAUCGCACAACACUGAAAUUGCAAACCCCGAAGAUGCUGUCGACGGAGAUGUUAUCAACACCACUGUUCUAGCACGCGGCUAUCGAUUCUUAGGUCGCGUUGUUCGUGCCUCACUUCCCAUACAAGCGCUCAUGUUGCUAUUACUGGGUGUUGCCACACUUGUGCCCCACGGUGAAGACUACACUUGCAUGUUCUCAAAUACAUUUGCCCGAAGCUUGGAGCCAAUGUUAACCUACCCUAACGGACCACCACCAACCUAAAAUCCAAAAUAUUUCCACAAUCCUAUAUUCAUAAAAUAAAAAAAAAUCAGUGAUAAUUUCAUAACAAAAAAUGAAAUAAAUUUAGAAUUAAUUCUGAGUUAGAUUUUAAAAUUAAAAAAAAAUUCUUAUGCAUACAAUAAAUACGCACAUCACGUUAUGUUAUAAAAGCCAUUAUCAAAUCGAUAACCAAUAUUCAUUACAACAAUAAACGAUGACUCGCUUGUUAAUUCAGAUCACAUGAAUCUAUUGCUUCCGCAGUCUGAUGUCUGAAGCACAAUUCUUCAGUUCUUUUAGUCUAAAAAUAAAUCUCCCCUUGUUUUUUUUUGUACUUAAAGAAGUGAAGAAAUGAUCUGAAACAAGCAAAAGAUUUUAAAUAAAAAAUAAAUAAAAAAAUAAUUAAUAUAAAAAAAUAUAUGUAUCCUAUGACGGUGCUAAUCCCCCCCUAUGAGAACAAAAAUAUAGAAUUUUCCUACAUUUAUUUGUUAGAGUGUGUUAAUUAAUGCAAAUCAAAAGAAAAAAAAAUUGAACAAAAAUCCAUCCAAUUUUUUUAUUUAAACAGUUUUUACUUUGUUUAUGUUUUUUUUUAUUGUAUUUUAUAAAAUAAAAAUAAUUAUAAUUUUUCUUUUUAAAUGAAAAAAAUGCUUAUAAAAUGUAAAAAAAAAAUAAAUAAAAAAAAAAUAUGUAACAGAAACGUAGUGAUCCUAUGAUAAAAUAAAAGAUGAAAGAUAUUUAUAUAAUACAUUUGUUACUUGCAAUAAACGAAUAUUUAAAUUUAGAUUUAAAACAUUGUACCUAUUAUACUUUAAUAUAAUCGAAAUGAAAAAUUUAAAAA